GAGAAGUUCACAUCAAGAGCUGUUAAGAAACAUGACGCAUCGCCGUAGGAAGACAAAGAUAUUUUUUUUGCACAUUAAACGUAAGUGAGAUUCACUCUGGUGCUAGACUGUGAAUAAUUGUAGUUAGGGCCAAUGAUCACCCAACUGCGCACACAUUUAAAAAAAUUAAACUUAUACACACAACAGUUAGGUAGUUCAAAUAAAUAUCACAGUGAAUCAAACUGUAAUACUUAUAUAAAACCAAAAUCUUCUUUGAACGCUGGUUGUGCAUAAUAACAACAGUUUAAAUGUAUAUGGGAAGGACUCCCAUCCCAUGUAGACAUUUGGAAAAUGCUAAUUCUAUUGACAUGAAGAAUAGUCUGAUAAAGGUUUAUGGAAAGGAUAAAAUUUACAGGUGGCAAUAAGCAUCUUCAGAUCGAUAAACCUGAUGGAACCAGCACAGGAACAUCAGUGUAGGUCUGUAUCCUCUCUGCAACCAGCAAAGAUAUUUAGAAAAUAAAUUUGCUACGAGAAGUUUGGCAAAAGAAUAGUAUUAAUCAAAGUUCUCACGUGUUGUUGUUGAUAAACUUGACUUAACUUUCGAGUGCACUCUGACCAACUUUACCGUUGUUAAUAUUGAUGAGUACAAUUUCAAAGGCCUUGAGAACUAGUUGCAUUAGCAAUUUUGUUUACAAAAAAAAUAAAAAAUCACAUUCAUACACACAUACAUACCUAACAAUACAUUUAAAUGAAAGGCCCUAUAGGGGUUAGGAUUGCUCUUUGCCCCCAGAACAGCUUAAAUCCCUCUUGGAAUUAUUUCUCUUAAAUUCCAAAAUGUUUCAAGUGAGAUAAUGUACCAUUCAUCCAUUAGGUGGGAAUCUUCCUCAUCCUUUGUGAUUCAAAACGUCCCCCGGUGAUUGGGGAGACCACUAAUUGUGGUUGACUUCAUCCUGGUGUUUGUAAAACCAAAAUGGAACUUGUUUAAAAGUAAGUCGAGGGAAUGUCAUCCCAAAAUAGAAGCAUUAUGAAGGAACACUGUUGUUCGUAUAGGAUGCACCUAGUCUUGUAAAAUUACCUUUUAUUCCUUGGUUGGUAUUCUACUAUAUGGAAUAAUCAUGGUAUUUAAAGUUCUCCUAAAUGAUGGCUAAACAUGCUAUUAAGGAUUUCCUGUAAAGGUUACCAGUUGGUAACAAAGAUUGUAAGUUAAAAGUUUUGACUUUUGCCAAACGUAAAACAGGCUGGAUUUAUAAAACAAAGGGAGUCAUCAGAAAAUAUCACCUUUUUCCAUUUCACUGGAGUUCUGGUUGUAUCCUCCUUGAAUCAUGUUAGGAAUCUUUGUGUUGACCUUUUUCAUUUGAUUACUGUUACUUUCUUUGCACCUUGUAAAUCCACACAUAUGCUCUACCUUAAAGUGCCUCUAUCACCACAAACGUACCUUUCUCCUAUGGUUUCCUCUUCUCUUGCACUCUCAGAAUCUUUACUUCUAUUCAUCGUUUCUGAUCUAGAUCUCUUUAAAUACAUAUACACUCCCAACAACACAUGUGUCAUAAUUACCCAAACUCACCUACAUGUUAAUAGGACACUACAGUCCCCAAAUCAACUAUAGCUUAAUAAAGCAAUUUUGGUGUAUAGGUCCUGCAGUCUCACUGUUCAGUUCUCUGCCAUUUAGGAGUUAAAGCACUUUGUUUAUACAGCCCUAGUCACACCUCCCUGCAUGUGACUUGCGCAGCCUUCAUAAACACUUCCUGUAAAGUAAGAUCUAAUGUUAACACUUCCUUUAUUUCACAGUAUGUUUUAUAAAGACUUUCUUAUCUCCUGCUCUGUUAAUAGCUUGAUAUAUCCUACAGGAGCCUCCUUUGUGUGAUUAAAGUUCAAUUUACAGACCAGGGAAUAAAAACAUCUAAAGUAAAUUAACAACUAGUUGAAAAUUAAACUUUUUUUUCCCAUGUAGGCUGUGUCAGUCACAGACAUGAAGAUCUGGUUAGGGAUGCAUAAACAAAAAUAUGCAUUCCUUUAAAAAAGGGAUUUCACUCCUAAAUUGUAGAGUGAAAUUUUAAAAAGCUAUGUUUUAUAGAGUGCUAAGUCUUUUCUUAAAAUGUCUCUCUAGAAAAUUAACUCCAAACAUCAUGAUUUAUUUUGUGAUUUGAAUCCAACAUAAACAUUUGAAAUGUUACAAUCAAAUGUCAAGUUGAAAUAAUGAUGCGAUGCCUUCAUAACAGACCACUCACACUACUUCAUCAUUAAGAAAGUUGUCCUUUAAAAUGCUCUUAGGAGAAAGUAAGGGUUAGCUUAAAGGGAAACUAUGGCUCACUAGAUGGUUCAGAAGGGGUUAAAAAAAUGUUUUGUCACUUACCUGAAUCCAGAGCCAAUAUCCCUCAGCACUGGCUCGGGGUUAAAGGUGGAGUUAACCCUCAAAGGUAAUUGUUGCAGUUUAUUAAUACCUGCAAUAGCUACCUUUGCAGGGUUAAGGAACCUGGGAAUAUGCACCCACGUCAAUGAGCUGAAGUGGUCUGGGUACCUAUAGUGUCCCUUUAAGGUUAGAAAUUGACGCAUGGCUAGGGUUUUUUACCAUUAGGGUUAGUUAUAGUUAGGAGGUGUUUUGGUUUCUUUUUUUUUUUAAUUCUUUAUUUUAUUUGACAAAGUAUUAUAGAACAAGGCAAGAUGUUCCGGUUUAAGCAUAAACCGUGGUCAAGUAUAACAUAACAUAUUACAGCAUAGGCAUACAGUUGAUAAGCGUGGUAGACAUCUUAUGUUACAAUAAGUGCCUGUAGCACAGGACUCUUUAUUAGGGGGCUUGGACAUCACUUUUGUGCUGUCAAUUUUUUAUUGUAUAUUGAGUCAAUUACAGGUGGCCAGAGCGUGAAGGUGGGUUUCUGUAGGCAUUCGGUGGUGCCUAUCCUAGCGCUAUUGGAGGGUUUCGGGGUACCGUUGGGCGAUGAGAUAUCUCUUAAUGAUGCUGUGGAGUCUCCAACUAUGUUAAAUACAGGUGACGGCCCUUCUGACUUGUUCCAGCUGCAAAUUGUCCCCUGUAUUGUGGAGCCCGCGUUCAACUCCUGCUUUGUACUAGAUAGAACUGAAAUACAUUUUGGCCUGACUGGGCCCCCCUCCACUCCCUGGCGCCUACCUGCCUGGCGUGUGAAUUCGUGCGUGUUUGCGCUGAUAGUUCGCUUCAGUGUGCUAUCAUUGCCUGCGUGUGCUUAAUGUGUAUAUUGUAUCAAGCGGGCCCUCGUCUAAGGCGAGGACCCGGGUAAGAAGAUAAGAGAAAGGUAGAGUGAAGAUAGAAAGGAGGGUGGGGGGGUGGGUGGACCAGGCGCCCGGGCAGGCGGGGGGAGCCCAAGGGGACGGGGGGGGGGGAAGAAGGAGGCGGGGAGAGGGCGGCGGGAAGGGGGGAGGGCACCAAGCAGACUAGCAUCUUCCACCUCUCGGACCCCCCGGGCCGCGGCCCCGCCAAGCGCAAGGACGGUUACUCCGCCAGGGGGCAGUCCUUCCAGCGUCCCCACGUCCUUUCGAAAGCCUUUUGGGUACUGCGCACCCUUGCUGUGAGGUCGUCCAUUAGGCAACUAUCUUUUAUUCUCCCCAGGAUCGCUGCCCUGGUGGGGGGCUGCAUUUUUAACCAGCGUUGUGCGAGGGCUCGUCUGGCCGCCAAUGUGAUUUUGUUGAAUAGUUUUAGGUCAUAUUUGGGCCAUUCGUCAAUAGGUCUGCCCAGGAGGUAUGUCCACGGGUCAAGGGCGGGUGCCCUCUGGAAUACCUGUCCCAGUAUGUCUCUAACGUCCUCCCAGUACCUGCGGACGACGGGGCACCCCCACCACAUGUGGAUGUAUGUGCCCCGCAGACCACAGUUCCUCCAGCAAAGAUCAGUGGGUGUCUUUCGCAUGCGAUGGAGUUGUACUGGGGUGGUGUACCAUCUAAAGAGGGUCUUGAAAGAUUGUUCCUGGAAGGAAACACAGAUGGAGGAGGCGGCCGCCGUCUCCCAGAUAUCCUGCCAAUCCACUCCCUCUAAUACCUCACCCAGGUCCCUCUCCCAUUGAUCAGUAUAUGUGAGGUUGCCCCAUUCUUUGGUUUCUGAGCAUAUGUGCGCGUAUAACAGCGUGAUUAGGCUUCUGGGAGAUUGCUCUCUAAGGCAUAUGUUUUCAAAGAAGGUGGGGGAUGUGAGUGCGGCCUUUUUUGUGUGCGGUUGCCUGGCGUAGUCUGCGAUCUGGAGGUAUCGGAAAAAAUCGGCCGGGGUUAAGUGGUGUCCCUGCUUUAUGGUGUCAAAUGGGAUGAUGGAACCCUCCACAUAUAGUUGGCAAGCUCUCUGCAGGCCCGUAUGUUCAAUGUUUCUGAAAGCUUGUGGCACUAAUCCAGGUGGGAAGGCCCUGUUUCUGAGAUAGGGCAUGAGGGGGGAGGGGGAGGAUGACAGCCGGUAUUUCUGAGAUGUUUGAUCCCAAAUGUGAAUGGAGUUGGUGAUGGCCGGGCAGGCUGUCCGCAGUAUGGGUCUGGAAUCCUUUGGUACCCAGAUAAAGUAUUGUGGGAGGUCGGAGCCCAUGAGGAGAGAUUCCAGUUCUACCCAUUUCCUCGUGUCUAUAGGGGAGUGCCACAUUGCAAUCUGGGCAAGCUGGGCUGCUAAGUAGUAGUUAUGUAAGUUGGGAAGGCCUAGACCUCCCGUUCGUUUUGGGCGGUAUAGCGUGUGCCUCGACACCCGAUGUCUUUUAUUUUGCCAUAUAAAAUUGCCGAUGGCUCUUUGGAGGUGGGCCAGGUCCGUUUUUGCGAGCGGGAGGGGAAGGGCUUGAAAUAGGAAGAGGAUUCUAGGGAGGAGAUUCAUCUUAAUGGAGUGAAUCCGGCCCAUCCAUGAGAUGGGCUUGUCGACCCAAUUCUCCAUGUCUCUGAUAAGAGUAGUUAUCAUGGGGGGGUAGUUGUAUUUGUGCAUUUUGGAUGGGUCUGAAGUCAAUUGUACUCCCAAAUAGGUGAUUGAGUGGGUUGCUAUGUGGAUGCCAUGAGCUCUAUGUAUGUGAGUUAUCACGUCUGGCGUUAACUCUAUUGGUAAGGCACUGGACUUGGCCAUGUUGGGUUUGUACCCUGAGAGUGGGCUAAAUAUUGCUAGGGUCUCCUGAACAGCCCUCAUGGAGGUGAUCGGAGACGUGAGGGAGAGGAGGACAUCAUCGGCAUACGCCGAGACCAGGAACUUCCGUCCCUGAACCGUUAUUCCCUGGAUAUCAGGAUGAAUGCGUAGCGCCUGAAGGAGUGGUUCCAGUACCAGAGCGAAUAGGAGUGGGGGUGUUUUGGUUUCUUAGUGUUUGGAAGUAUAGGAUUAAAUGGUUACUGCCUUCAAAAUGUUGACUGUAACUCCCAUGAUUCUAAAGCAAGUGAUGGAAAACAAAAUGGCAAAAUAUUCUUAUUAACAUUAGGGGAGCUAAGAGUUUAGAGUAACUUAGGGUUAAGGGUAUCUGCAUUCAAAGAUCUAUAGAGUGUAACUCCUAUUAUUGUCAUCCGGACCAAGCAAGUAAUAGCAAGCAAAAUGAAAAGUCUGCUUAUUGAAAGCUAAACACUUAGUUCAUUAUCUGUGAUUCAGAUCUCAGUAAAUGUGUCACACUGCCUCUCACUCACGUACGUCACACUACUGGUUGUCAAAACACUGUCACAAGGAUUGUCACAAACUUCCACAUGCAGUCACAUACAGUGGCAAGAACAGCAACCAUCUCCACUUCAUUCGCAAGCUAAAGAGGCACAGAUUGGGUGUGAGUUUGCAGAGCUAUCCACUACAUAACUACAAUACCUAUCCCCUCUCACUCCCUGCCUUCCCUCUCCCAACCAUCCACUGCCUCUCUCAGCCUAACUUAUCUUCUAAUCUUCUUUACCUUCCUAUGUUAAGAGUCAGGGUCUCUUCAGCCCUGCUUAGUACAAGGCAAAGAGAUAGACAAAGAUCAGACAGAAAUAAAAAAAAGCGAGACAGAGAGGAUCAGACUGAAAAAGAGGAAAGUGAGGCAUAGACAAAAACGAGAUAAUGUGAGAGUCAGAACAGAAGUCCAGCUUUAACACAAUGGAAUGCUGGUAAAUGUAGAUUUUGUUAUUUAUUUUCUUUGGGGCUGAACUCUGUGUUUGCUUUGUGAACAGUUUAUUUAGUUAGAGGGUGGCUGGCGAACGGUGUCUCUACAAGUAAAUAAUUCUUUACCAUUCUCUACUCUCAGCUUUUCUCUCACACCUUCUCUCUAAAUUGAACUGACUGUGCAUAUGAAUGAAUCUGCUUAUAAAGGCAUCUGUCAGACUUGACGUAUUCCUUGUAAGAUUUAGGACCGGCGUCAGAGGACCGCUGUUAUGACCCGUACAUCCUUGCAAAUGGGCAAGAUGGAAUUUGCACAAGCCACCUCGUCAAUCUGGCUAGCCCUCCUGCUAACCUACACCUUCACACAGGUAAGCCGCAUACCUGUUUUGCAAUACAGACAGUUAUACAGAGUUUUAGGAAGCCUCAGUGAAGAACGUAAUAUAGGCUAUCAUAGGUGAUUAAAUGGACCAGUUAUACCAGGCAUUAGGGUUUUUGAAAAUUUUGUACGGCACUAUUAAAAUGUUAUAUAGAGCAAUAGACGCAGUUAUAGGAAAAUGACACAGGGAGCUGCAGAAAAACUGAUUGCCAAUAUACUUUAUAUAACCAUGUGAUAUUUACUGGGAGUAGCCAUGCGGAGUAAAAAGGAGCUCUAUAAUAAUUCUAGCAUACCAAGGGUUAAAUAUUAGAUGAACGUGCACGAAAUGUAUUGUGAAGUCUCAACUGGUAAGAUGCCAGAGGAUAAAAUUAAGCAUGUUGUUAUUGCAGUAUUUGGAAUACAAAGUAAUUGUCUUGUCUAUUACCAAUUUAAAUGAAAACAUGUUUUAUUUUGUGUGCGUGAAAAUGUAUAUAAAUGCAAGUCAGUGAUGUCAUCACGCAGAUUAACAUAAUUCUAAUCUGGGUUUAUUGCACUUUCAGUAAGAGAUCAUCAUGUAUUGUUCCAUCGGAGAGUAUGUGCUAGGGAUUUAGAUAGUGUCAUUGGAGAAUUCUGACAUUUUGUUUGUUUUUGUGGGUUUUUGAUUGAAUCAUAAUCAGAUAAGAAGCUAUGGGUUAAUCUGAUGCAUUGAAUUCUGGGACAAGUUUGUAGAAGAAGUUGGUAAGAAAAAUUCAUCAAGAGUAAUUUUUUUUUUAAAUGCAGACAGAGGAAAAAAAACACUUUUUUAAUGAAAUAUUUUUAUUUUUUAGGUUUAAUAUUUUAUAAAGAUAGGAGAUGUUCUUUAACUAACAUACAAGGCUGGAUGCAUGAUUUUAUUAUGAUACCUAUUGUUCCAGGUGCCAUUUUAUGGCUUUUAACACUUUUACCUCCAUAUGAUACAGUCUGUUGUCAUAACAUUCUGGUCCCUAAUCACGUCAUUUUGUUCAGAAAUAUGAAUUGUAAAGAACAAAUAGUUAUGACACUAUACACCUACACUGGUCCUUAAGGGGUUAAAGCAAUAUGCUGAGGUUUUACUUUCCCCUUAAGCCUCUGACACAUGCAUUAUUAGGCAAAUAGUAUCCAGUAUCGACAUCUCCCAUAACGCUCUUACAUCCAGAAUGCUGGCAAAGCAUCAGGGGAGAUGUAGUCCAGAAUAUCUGGAGUGCCGAAGGAUGCCUACCCCUGUGAGAAGCUAUAAAGGAAUAAGAUAAGUUCUACAGAGCAGUUAUACAUUAAUAAGAUAUUCUAUGGGGCGGUCGUGGAGUAGUUACAUAAGUUCUAGGAAGCAGUUAUACAGUUAUAACAGUUUAAUAGAGUAACUACAGAGUAAUAAGACAAGUUCUAAAAUGCAGUUAUAUAGUAACAGGAUAAGUUAGAUGGACAGUUAUAUAAUAAUAUGAUAUAUUCUAUGGGGCAGUGAUAAAGAAGACAUGUUUUAAGGGGUAUAAAGAGAGCAAUGUGAUGCAUUCUAGAGAGCAGGGGUAAUAGGGUAAGUUCUGCAGAACAGUUUUUUAUUAUAAUUUCUAUAGCACCAACAUAUUCCGCAAUACUUUACAAUUAAAGAAGGGGGGAGAGGAGAAGGUGGUCCUGCUCAAACGGCUCACAAUCUGUACAGUAAUAAGUUCUAUAAGGCAGUUCCACUCUAAUAACAUCAUUUACAGGCAGCAGUUAUACAGUGAUAAAGUAAGUUCUAUGUAGCAGUUAUAGAAAUCAAAUAACUAAUACGGAAUAGUUAUACAAUAAUAAAAUACAUAAAACAGAGUAGUUAUACUGUAAUAAAUUCUGUGGAGCAGUUAUAAAGGAAUGCGUCACAACUCUAGAGGGGCGUUAUGCAGUUAUAAGUGAAGUUCUCUGAAAUAGCUACAGACUAAUAACAUAAAUUAUAUGGAGUGGUUAUAGAGUAAUAAGAUAAAUGCUUUAGGACAGUUUUACAGUAAUAAGAUAAGAUCAGGAGGACAGUUUUACAGUAAUAAGAUAAGAUUAGGAGGACAGUUAUAUAGUAAUAAGAUAAGAUCAGGAGGACAGUUAUAUAGUGAUAAGAGUAAUAAGAUCAGGAGGACAGUUAUAUAGUAAGAUAAGAUCGGGAGAACAGUUAUAUCAUAAUAAGACUCUUAUUACGAUAUAAUUGUUCUCCCGAUCUUAUUAUAAGAGUAAUAAGAUCAGGAUUACAGUUAUAUAGUAAUAAAUAAGAUCAGGAGGCCAGCUAUAUAGUAAUAAAUAAGAUCGGGAUGUUUUUGGAGCAAGUUAAGGCUCUUUAUAUAAAUUUAACCGUGAAAGUCAGAGGUCCUUACUUUGACUGUAGCGCAUUCAAAAUCCAAAAAGGGCACACGACAACACAUCAGGGAUGCCCUUUGGCACCUCUGCUCUAUGCCUUAUCAAUCGAACCAUUAGCUUUUUUUAUUAGAAAAAACAUUGAAAUUAGAGGCAUAAAGAUUGGCCAUCAAGAACAUACUAUUACAUUAUACGCGGAGAAUGUUCUCACCUCGCUCUCUUCUCCAGGAUUCUCUAUAUCAUCCCUUUUAGAUGCAAUAGAUCUAUUCUCCUCGUUGUUGAUAAACAGAGGAAGGAUAUGGGCGAUAUUGGCCAAUUUUAUAUAUAUCAAAAAUGUAUAGGUUACUUAGGAAUUAAGAUCAGACCUAAAAUACUGGUAACUAUCACAAUUAAUUAUAAAACCUUGUGGGGGGAACUUAAUAUAUUAUUGAAUCAAUGAAAGAGACUAGAAAUUUCAUUGAUGGGAAGGUUCGGGGUAUUGAAAUCAUAUCAUACUCCCAAAACUUCUAUACCUGUUUAGAGCUAUACCACAUCAAGACUCAAAUUCAAUUCUGAAAAAAUUCGAUCUGGCAUUUUCUAGCCUUUUCUGGGCAUUCAAAAAAAAACUCUUAAGUACAAACCUUAAGAGAAGUACGUUACAGUAUGGUUUGGGAUAUCAAGAUAUAUAGCAUUAUUAUGACUCAUUCCAACUAUUCCAUAUGCUAGCUUGGAGGAGAAGGAAGGAGACUAAUCUUGGAUUGGUAUAAUAUUGAAAAAUAUAGAAUAGGAAUCUGUGAGCCAUACUUAUUACGUUGGUCCUCUCUCAAUCUGUUAAAAAAAAUUGCAGAUUGAGAACCAUUUAAUAAAGAGUAUUGUGUAAUCAGCACAAAAAAAUUAGGAAGGGAUAUAAUUGUAAUAACAUCUUUACUAAACACACUCCUAUAGAACUCUUAUCUCUAUAUAUCACAGAUUUAAAUUUAAUACCAUGAAAAGCAGUAGGUAUUAAUAGGUUGGGAGAUAUAUUUAACCUAGACCAAAAUAUGCUAUUUCCUGAUGUCGUAAGAAUAUUUAAAUUACCUGUAAAAUAAAGAUUUAAUUAUAUUAUAAUCAAGCAUUUUUUUCUUAGUAAACUCUAUAGCUGACUCAAAUACAUGGGAUGAUAUUUUUGAUAUAUCAUCGCAAACAAAUUUGGUUUAAAAAAUGUCGAAUAUUCUGGCUAAUUCAAAAAUAAUCGAUAAACCUAAAGCUUUUCAAAAAAAGGGAAAUCGAUUUAAGUUUGCCAUUUUCAACUCAGACUUGGCAGCAAGCCUGGAAUAGGACUAGAAAAGCAGUUAAUUGUAUUCAUCUCCACAAACAGUUUUAUACGUUGGCUCACAGAUGGUAUUCGGUUCCCACUCGUAUAGCUAAAUUCCAAAUAAACUCUAGUGAUUUAUGCUGGAGAUGUCAACAAAAGAUGGGAACACAAUUCCAUAUUUGGUGGGAGUGUUCAUACCUGGAUAGGUUCAAAAGUAAAAUAUCAGAAAUUAUUACAGAUAUAUUGUAUUUUCCCUAUAUAAUAACUCCUCAGACUUUUCUCUUGCAUUUAUACUUCCCAGUUACAGAUAAAUAUACCAUAUUUCUCAUAAUAAAUAUACUACUGGCCUUUAAGAUAUGUUUAGCAAGAUAUUGGAGAACACAAAUUGUUCCAUCAUGGCCUGAGACUGAAACUCAAAUUAAGUUCCAGGCAUCCUCACAGAAAUACUUUUAUAAUAGAGAUGUUUCGACAAAAGCAUUAUACGACAAGAUUUGGUCAAACUGGUCUGCUAUAUAAAUUACAUUUUAAACUUUAUUCCCUGCAAGAACUAUACUUAGUAAAACUUUUAAUACUCCAGAAACCUCCAAAAAUAUUUUAGUUGGAGCACACCAUGUUCCAAAAUACUAGAGACAAUAAAAUGAAAUAACUCGACUGAUAGGAUUUAUGUUAUUGAAUGAAUGUAUAUUUUUCUUUUUUUUUCUUCUUCCCCCUACCUCUUCUCUGAUACAGAAUGAAAAAUGUUAUGAUAUACACAUUGUGUCGUAAUAUGUAUCUGAGUAGAAAGACGAUAUUAAGAGAAUGGAGAAAAGGGAGGGUGUAAUUUAGUUUUAUAUAAUUAUUCACUCUUGAUUAUAUAUUUACAUUUAACUAUGUAUCUGUAUACGUCUUAUAUAUUGUUAUCUAUACAAUAUCUACUUCUUAUUUUUUUAUACAAAAAUGUUAAUAAAGAGAUAUAUAUAAGAAAAGAUCGGGAGGACAGUUAUAUAGUAAUAAGAGUAAUAAGAUCAGGAGGACAGUUAUAUAGUAAUAAGAGUAAUAAGAUCAGGAGGACAGUUAUAUAGUAAUAAGAUAAGAUCAGGAGGACAGUUAUAUAGUAAUAAGUUUUUUUUUUUUUAAACAUGUAGGGAGAUCUUGUACAGUAAAGGUCCUAGGAGCACUUUAAUGGAUCAGAAGAAAUAUUUAGAAGUCCAGUUGUGGUGGAGUACUAUGAUGCCUUCGUUGCAUUACAUUGAAGAUUAUGGGUUACUGGCAGAUGUCAAACAAAGCAAAAGCAGACAGAUAAAGUCAUACAAUCAUUACAUGGAGUAAUGGGGGCAAUUAUAAUGGACAGCUAUUCAGAUUUAUAAAAUGGUUUUCUCAAAGUAGUAGGUGUUGUCAUAGGAUCAUCCUUAAGCCUGAUAGUUUAAUCCUAUACGAUAAUGAUUAUAUAAGAACCGCUGUUUGUAAUUUGUAUUUGUAUACUUGUAUGUAUAUUUGUGAUAUGUUUAAAAUACGAAAAUUUAAAAAUCAUAAUUGAAAAAAAUAAAUUCAAAAAUAAAAAGCAGUAGGUGGAAUUAUAGAACGUUUAUUUCACAAUAACUAGGGGAAAGCUGUUUACCUAUCCAUGAUAUAGAGCAGGGGAAGGAAAUUGUCUGCACUCCAGAUGUUGUGUACUACAUCUCCCUUGAUCCUUUGCCAGCAUUUUGGCUGUGAGAGCAUCAUGGGAGAAAUAGUCCACAACAUUGGGAGGGCAGAAGAUUGUCUACCUCUGACAUAUAGUAAUAGGAGGCACUGGCGGAUCCAGGGGGGGGGCAACGGGGCAAUUGCCCCCCCCGAGAAAUCCGCCGGUCUCCCUCUCCCCUGCCAGCAGCACAUGCAGGUGCUAGCCCUGCAAUGUGCCUGCGGACCGGAGGGGAGAUCGGAGAUCUCCCUCCCCGGUCCGCAGGCACAUUGCUGACAGCCGGCAGGGGAGGGAGGGAGUGAGAGGGAGGACCCGGGAGCUCAGUCUGCAGCUCCUCCGGGUCCUCCUCUCGCGAGAUUUGUAGCGUUGGCAACGCUCCAAAUCUCGCGAGAGUGAACUCUAGCCCGGGAGCGCGGGCUAGAGUUCACUGUAACCACUGGGACCACCAGGGAAUCCCCACUGGGACCACCAGGGAUGAAAAUAUGUCCCCCCUCCUCCUCAAUAAAGGUAAGAAGGGAGGGGGGACAUAUUUGUUUUUUUUUAAUUAAAUAAAGAUAUAUAUUUAAAAAAAAAAAGCCCCCCCCUACCCUUAACACACACACACACACACAUAGCCCCCAUACUGCCCCCCAUACACAUGCUGCCCCCAUACACACAUACUGCCCCCCAUGCUGCCCCCACACACAUGCCCCCCAUACACACAUACUGCCCCCAUGCUGCCCCCACCAUACACACAUACUGCCCCCAUACACACAUACUGCCCCCCCAUACACACAUGCCCCCCCAUACACACAUACUGCCCCCAUAAACACAUACUGCCCCCAUACACACAUACUGCUUGAUGCCCCCCAUACACACAUACUGCCCCAUGCUGCCCCCCCAUACACACAUACUGCCCCCCAUACACACAUACUGCCCCCAUGCUGCCCCCCAUACACAUACUGCCCCCCAUACACAUACAUGCUGCCCCCAUACACACAUACUGCCCCCAUGCUGCCCCCCCCAUACACACAUACUGCCCCCAUGCUGCCCCCCCAUACACACAUACUGCCCCCCAUGGUGCCCCCCCAUACACACAUACUGCCCCCCCAUACACAUACUGCCCUCAUACACACAUACUGCCCCGCAUACACACACACUGCCCCCAUACACUGCCGCCCCAUACACACACAUUGCCCACAUUCACACACACACUGCAACUGUUACACACACAUACUGUCCCACACAUACACUGCAUCCCUGACAUACACUGCCCCCCCUACUCACACACUACAACCUUCACACACACACACACACUGCUCACACACUGUCCCCCUCACACACACACACACACUGCACCCCUUACACAUUGCACCACACACACACCACUGCUCCUAUGCCCUACUACCGCCCCAUUUCCCAGCAGACCUCAGGUAAGUUGUCAAACUGUUCUUAAACGGUUUGACUACUUACUCUAGGAGGGGGUCCCGGCACUAUUGACACCAUAACCACUACACUGAGCUAUAGUAGUUAUUGUGUCUGGAUUAUUUCUUUAAAUAAUCUACAAGUGCCCCUCCCGAGAUCAGGCUCUGGAUCCGCCACUGAUAGGAGGAGUUAUAGGAAGCAAGUUCGAAGAGCAAUAGAUGACAUAGGAAGUAAUAGGAGGUGUUUUGGAAAGCAAUUAUAGAGAGUAAUUGAAGAUAUAUACAAGUAAAUAAGACGUUUUUGGGAACAGUUAAACACAGCAAUAGAAUAUAUAAAGGUGUUGACAGGAGGAUUAACAUGGAUUUGUUGUAGAUCAUUAGAAUGUUUGGGGAAUAAUAUGUGUUAGCUAUAUACUCAUAUAGCGCAUUAGCAAUACAGGGUGUGAUUGGGAGCAAUUACAAAGAGCAAUAUGUGUUAAAGGUGGUAAUGGGAAGUGCCAUAUUAAACAGUAUCAGGUAAAGGGAGUAAACAUGAGGGGUUAUAGAGAUUUAUUAUAUGAUUAAUAUAGGAACAUAGAAUUAAGGGAAAUGUAACAAGGAGUAGUAGUUAUAUGGAAGAAUAAAAGUUAUAGGCAGUAGUUAUAUAAAGAAAUUAGAGUUUUUUUGAGCAAUAAGAGACAAUUUAGGAAUAUCUUAUAUGGUACUCUGGGAGAAGCUAUAGGUAGAUGGUGCAAUAAGGUUUUGCUUAUAAGGAAGCAAAAGGGGCUAGUCUGAUAGAUCAGUAAAAUAGAAGAGAUUACAUAAUAUUGAGCUGCUAUUUGAAUCGACCAACAGAGACUGGAGGUAACCAUAAUAUUUAUAUGAGGGCAUAGGAAAACUAAAUGGACCAGAAAUUUGCAACAGUGAUAAAACGUUUUGAAAGAGCAAAACAGUAGAUUUGGCUGUGGGCAAUGGCUUGGCGACAUUAAUGAUUUAGGCAUCAUUAGUCCCUUCUUUGGGUAUUGCGAAAUAACGUUUAGACACGGUCGGCUAACAGCUAGCUGGUUGUAAAAAUAGCCCAAGAUCUGCUGAUGAACUGCAGUAAUGCAUAAUACACAAGGGAAUCAUUGAACCAUUAUAUACGUUCUGUAUAUAUUUUAAAGUCACAUAAAACACCUGUCUCCAAUGAAAAAAUCAGUCAAAUACAUAUGAUGCUUCAUCAAGCACAACACUAAAGUACUCAGAUUUUGGUGAGACAAAUUGGUUUUAUACCCAAGAGAUUCAUCGUUUAGUGUGUAUUUUUUAGAUCAUGCAAAAGUUCUUCUACUUAAAGGAACACUGCAGACUCCCCCAUGUUAGGUGCAAAGGAUAGGUUAUGUUACAUUUAGCAAUGCUGUUUGUUUUUUUUAGUGCUUUUUUUCCCUUUCAAUAAUCAUUACUUUUGUUUCAUACCGUCACAUUUUCUGUCAUUCCUAAUGACUUGCAAUAUUACCCUUUUUGAUUAAAAAUUAUCCUGCCCUAUCAGUCAUGCCUUAUCUUUCUGGAUGCUGUAGUUCAACUCGAAACUUUCUACAGUAGAAAGCUGACCACUGACAACCAACAGAAGCCCUUGCUGUGCCUGUAAGUUUCUGUAAGCAUCAUGAGUGAUCACGUCAAGUCACGGUUUGUUGAUAGGUCAAUGCAGAAGAUGCACAGCCCAGUGUUUUGCAGCAAAUGAAGGAUCUUCAAAUGUAUAUUUUCAUUAUUAUUUAUUGUUAUGUUUUUAAUAUAUUUAUAGAUUUGUGUAUGUCACUGGCAUAUAAAGACAUGCAUCAGUUAGUUAUGGAGGCUCUGUCUGCCAGGGUCCUCAUGACUUUGUCCUUGGGGACACAUGAGUGUACAAAACUGGCUUCAGUGGAAGAUCCCACAAGAUCCCAGAAUCCUCCAUUGAUAAUAUGACACAUGGGCAAUGAAAUGGCUGUUCUCGUGAGCUGUCGCUUGCAACAACUAAUUGGAAAUGGCAAGUUGUGGUGGUUGAACCACAUCCAGUGCCACUGUUAGCCAAACACCUUACCCAUAACCAAAGUUAUGAUAUAUUUUGAUGGUGUUGGAAUCUCAAUGAAAUUCCAACAAAGUCUUCAUUAGCUUUUCAGAAUACCUACCUUUAUAAAAAUAAAGCACAAUAGUGCCAAUUUAAACUUUUUAACUGUGUCCUCCGGAAUGCCUGCUGAGUUUUGUGAUAAAACAGAAUCCAUCUAUAUACAACCAUUUUUUACAUUCCUGAAAUCUCCUUGCUAUCAUAGGGACCUGGCUUUCUUCAUCUGACACAGCCUCCCCCACUGUCCUCUCUUUUGGAGGUCUGGUUUUCAGCCAUGCACCUAGACUUGGAGACAGAGGAGGAUAAGGUGUAUGCAUCUUGCUCUCCUCUGCUUAUACAUUUCAACAGAAGCCCCUUCUUCCAUGUUUAUUCUUUUCAACUUUCUCUCCUCUCCCUCUUUGCAAAGUAGCCAUCUGUUGUCCGGUAGGUUCAUGCUCAAAAUCAGUUAUUUGCUUGGCUCCACCACUUACAUUCAGGGCUGGAUGUAUGUCAGGUGAAUGUAGGCACAGAAUUGUAAGGUGCCCUCUGCCCCCUCCCCCCAGUAAAAAUAAAAGGCAGCUAAAGUAAAUUUAAUGAAUUUAUUAAAUAAACUCAGUAGGGUCAGGAAUACAUGUUUGUAUUGCUGUUAAUAACACUAUUUAGGUGGCCAUCCACUACUUUAAAAAGCUGAAAAUCUAACCUUGACAUAGUGCAUCUCUAUGAGGAAUGUAGAGUGUGGACACGCUGAACAUCAGUGAUGCACAGUGUGCAGCAUUGACACAAGAAACACCUCUAUGGGCUACCUGAAUUACUGCUACUGGAGGUGUGCCUUUUUCUCUGAAAAGGCAGUGUUUACAGCAAAAAGCCUGCAUGGACAUACUAUACACACCAGAACAACUACAUUAAGUUCUGGUGAGUAUAAUGUCCCUUUAACCCCUUAAGGACCAAACUUCUGGAAUAAAUGGGAAUCAUGACAUGUCACACAUGUCAUGUGUCCUUAAGGGGUUAACUGGUCAUUGCAGGUAUAAAAACAUUUUUAAAAAUAUAAAAACAUGUAUUCAAGUUGAAAUCUAUUAGUUUAGUGAGUGCAUGCAGCUGUGUAAACACAUGCAGGGUCAAACAGAAGUGGUCAGGGUAAAGGGUGGUUUCAAGUUAGAAAGGUGUUAACUUUAGAGUGAAUAGUGUCAAUUUCAGAGUUAGAUUACACAGAGUGUUUAGAGGAUUUGAAGGUUGAUAUAGCUUACAGUUAUCUUAUAAAGGAUGUUUAGGAUUUGAUUUAGGGAUAAAUUUAGUAUUAGUGUACACGGGGUAUUUCAUUUUUAAGAGAAGUUAAACCUAGGAUGAGAGUAAAGUGUUUAUUUUUUUGGUUCAGGCUUUGAGUCCAAGUCUUCACGGAAUAAUCUUGAUCUUUAUAUGAUCCUCAAAGGGCACAUGCAACAAAGUGCUGCCAUACGGUCUCAAAGGCAACAUAGCCCCAGCAAAAGAAAUCUUGCAAAUUUCAAGUGUAAAAACUGAAAUGGGCAAGCCCUACUUUGGACCCUGUAACUUUCCCAAACCCCAUAAAACCUGUACAUGGGGGUUACUGUUGUACUCGUGGGAGAACAUAGAAUAUGUAUAUUUUAUUGCAGUUAAAGCUAAUGGUAUUUAAAAUGCUGCGCAGAACUUGGAAAAUAACCACAUUUCUUAAUUUCUCAAAAUUUUUAUUUUUUUAUUUUAUUCAUUUCAAAUUAUGUUUCAUAUACCGUGUUUCCCCGAAAAUAAACCCUACCCCGAAAAUAAGCCCUAGUCUGAUUUUCGGGGUGGGCUGCAAUAUAAGCCCUACCCCGAAAAUAAGACCUAGGCAUUGCACCUUUGCGGCGAGACUUCCUUCUUCUACUGUAGGAGGAGCGUUGCGGGCCGCGGCAUCGCGCAACGUGAUGACGACAUUUCGCAGCGCCGUCAGUCUGCCUUCACGGAUCUUCAGCGGAAGGAUCCAUUUCCGGGCGGUGAGGCACCCAGUGGUCGGACUCGGCAAGGAAUCUUUGAAAUGUGAGUACCGGUAGAUAUUUUAUGUCUGGGACUGAAUUAAUUAAAGGGGGCGGGGGGUGAAUUAAUUAAAGGGUGGGCUAAAGGGGGGUGAAUUAAUUAAAGGGUAGAGGGGGGUGAAUUAAUUAAAGGGGUGGUGAAUUAAUUAAAGGGUGGGCUGGAUUAAUUAGAGGGGGUGAAUUAAUUAAAGGGGUGGUGAAUUAAUUAAAGGGUGGGCUGGAUUAAUUAGAGGGGGUGAAUUAAUUAAAGGGGUGGUGAAUUAAUUAAAGGGUGGGCUGGAUUAAUUAGAGGGGGUGAAUUAAUUAAAGGGGUGGUGAAUUAAUUAAAGGGUGGGCUGGAUUAAUUAGAGGGGGGUGAAUUAAUUAAAGGGGGGGUGAAUUAAUUAAAGGGUAGGCUGGAUUAAUUAGAGGGGGGUGAAUUAAUUAAAGGGGGAGAAUUAAUUAAAGGGUGGGCUGGAUUAAUUAGAGGGGUAAAUUAAUUAAAGGGUGGUGAAUUAAUUAAAGGGUGGGCUGGAUUAAUUAGAGGGGGGUGGAUUAAUUAAAGGGUGGGCUGGAUUAAUUAAAGGGGGGUGGAUUAAUUAGAGGGGGUGGAUUUAUUAAAGGGGAGGGGUGGAUUAAUUAGACAGUAUGGUAUUUUGAUCCCCAGACAAGAUGAGUGCAAAGAGAAAGAGCUGUACAUACUGGUAACGUAAAUAAAUAAGCCCUACCCUGAAAAUAAGCCCUAGUGUGUUUUUUGUGACUAAAAUUAAUAUAAGACCCGGUCUUAUUUUCGGAGAAACACGGUAUAAAUAUUUGAUGUGAAAUGGAAUCCUUAUUUCUCUUGAACACAAUUAUAUAUAAUGAGUGUCGGUGCACUUAAAGGAACACUACUUUUUUUUUUUUUACACACUACUCUUAGGGUUGCCAUCUAGUCGGUAUUAAUUUGAGACUGCCUGGCCGGUGUCGAUAUUGUAGUUAUACUGGCAAUACAAAUGCCGGUAUUUUUUUCAGUAUAAACAGAGAUUACUCUGAAAUACCAGCACCGGCCAGUGUGUGGAGAGAAGCAGGGAUAGGAAGUUAUAGCAUAUACCUGCAUCUCUCUACUCACUAAUCCGCUGGGGAAGCAGCUACACAGCACAGAGAGUCCAGACUGCAGCUUCCAGCCUGCAGAGACAGCCUAUAGCUCAGAGAAGUGAAGAAUGGGGAAGAGGCUGCAGGGGACACUGUGAGACACGGGGACACUUGGAGACAUGGGGACACUGAGACACUAGGGACUCAAUGUCCCUAAGUGUCUUAGUGUCCCCAUGUCUCCCAGCCGGUGUCCCCGGUGUCUCCAUGUCUCCCAGUGUCCCUAGUGUCUCAGUGUUCCCAUGUCUCCCAGUGUGCCCAUGUCUUACAGUGUCCCCAUGUAUCCCAGUGUCUCCAAGUGUCUCAGUGUCCCCAUAUUUCUCAGUGUCCCCUAGUGACAUCGGGGCACUGGGAGACAUGGGGACACAGACACUAAGGGACACUUGGCAACAUGGGAACACAGAGACAUGGGGCACUGAGACACUGAGAUACAUAGGGGCACUGUGAUACAUAGUCUCAGUGUCCCCCAGUGUUCCCAAGUCUCCCAGUAUCCCCAAGUGUCUCAGUGUCCCCAUGUCUCACAGUGUCCCCUAGUAACAUGGGGGCACUGGGAGAUAUGGGGACACAGACACUAGGGGACACUGGUCGACAUGGGGACACUGGGAGACAGGGAGACACUGGAAGCAAUCCAUCUAUACAGCAGAAUAAAACUGUAAGUAGUUUUUUGGUGAUUUUACAGAAUUUUCUCUUAUGUCACUCCUUGUGAUUUACAUCAUGUGAUGUCACGCAUACAUAAUUAGUUAUGCAAAUUAGUAAGGCAUGUAUUUUUUUCCAAGAAUAGUGGCAACCCUAACUACUCUUCACAUACUCUUGCUUAAAGGAUCACUAUAGUGUCAGGAAAACAAACUUGUUUUCCUGACACUAUAGCAACCUUAGGACCCCCCACCCUCAGUGUCCCCCUCCCUUGGCACUGAAGGGGUUAAAACUCCUUCAGUUACUUACUUUAAUCCAGCGCCGGGCUCCCUCGGCGCUGGAGAACUCUCCUCCCCCGCCGACGUCAGCUCCUGAGUGGUGCAGAGUGCGCAUGCGCGGCAAGAGCAGUGCCUCUUUCCUAUGGAUGGUUUGAAUGCACGCACUGCUUUUGCCCCGCAUGAAUUUCGCAUCCAGCAUCGCAUAAACGCCCCUAGCGGCUGUCAGAAAGACAGCCACUAGAGGCUGGAUUAACCCUGCAAUGUAAACAUAGCAGUUUCUCUGAAACUGUUCUGUUUACAUCUGAAGGCUUAAAACCUGGGGGACCUGGCACCCAGACCACUUAAUUGAGCUGAAGUGGUCUGGCUGACUAUAGUGUCCCUUUGAGUAUGGAAACUUAAGAGGGAUAUAUGGAAACAAAACUUGUGUAGACUAGCUGAAAUGAAACUAGUUAAGGUAAUGCUGACUUUGGUCUCUCUAACACUGUGGCAUGUUCCCUUUCUUCUACACUCACUACAUCCACCUUUUCUCUGUCUCAGACUGUAUCCCAGGAGCUGCUGCCCCACUAAUAAGACGAUAAGGAGACAAGUGGACAUGUGAGUGCUAGGGGACAGUCCUUAGAAAGCAUUGAGUGAGCGCAUCCUUAGACGCCUUUAUGCCAAGCUCAGGAUGCUGUUGGCCAGCAUGCAUGAUUGGCAGGCAGCAUGACAUGCAUUCAUGCCAGGCUAACCUUCCAAUUCUUUGGGCAGACAUGCCUCCUUUUUGGGCAUGUUCAUCCCUUUCAGGAGAUCUGGUUACAUGAUCACGCGUCAGUGGCAGGGCCGGACUGGCCCACCGGGAUACCGGAAAUUUCCCGGUGGGCCGUCGGCACCUGGGGCCGGCCCUUUAAAUACUGCAGCCGCCCGAGCGCUCUGUGAAGAGCCUCAGGCGGCUGCAGCUUCUCCCCUCCCCUGUAGCGUGGCCGAGCUGCACUCCGGAGUGAUAGGUGCACUUCCUGUCAGUCCGGCCGGGUGCCGUUAGUGGUGCCCCAGAAACCCUGUUCCGCUGAGUUUCUGUUUUCUUAACCGGGCCGGACUGAUAGUGAAGUGCACACUCAGUGUGCACCUCCUAUCAUCCCCGCCGGCCGGCCACCGCUGACUGGAGUGCAGCCCGGCCACGCCACAGGAGGGGUAAGAAGAGAGGGAGGAGUGGUGGGAGGAACAAGAAAAGGGGGGAUAAGAAGAGGAGGGGAAUAAAAAGAGGGGAGGGGGGAUAAGAAGAGGGGAGGGGGGGGAAUAAAAAGAGGUAAAUAAGAAGGAGGGAGGAUAAGAAGAGGGGAGGGGGGAAUAAGAUGAGGGGAGGGGAACAAGAAGAGGGGAGGGGGAACAAGAAGAGGGAGGGGGGAACAAGAAGAGGGAGGGGGGGGAAUAAGAAGAGGGAGGGGGAAUAAGAAGAGGGAGGGGGGAAUAAAAAGAGGGGGGGAAUAAAAAGAGGGGAGGGGGAUAAGAAGAGGGGAGGGGGGAAUAAGAAGAGGGGAGGGAGGGGAAUAAGAAGAGGGGAGGAGGGGAAUAAAAAGAGGGGAUAGGGGGAAUAAGAAGAGGGGAGGGAGGGGAAUAAGAAGAGGGGAGGGAGGGGAAUAAGAAGAGGGGAGGGGGGGAAUAAGAUGGGGGUGGGAAUAAAAAGAGGGGGGGAAUAAGAAGAGGGGAGGGGGGGAAUAAGAAGAAGGGGCAGCUCUAUAGGACAGGGGCCAAGACAGGGAGCUCUUUCACACUACGCGCGCACACACACACAAUGCAUCCCUAUACAUACACAGAAACACAACAUGCUUCCCUUACACACAGAGAAACACACAAUGCAUCCAUUACACACACACACACAAUGCAACCCUUACACAUAAAGACAAUCCAUCCUUUGCACACAUACACAGAAACAGACAAUGCAAACACACACACUUCUUUUCUUACAUACACACAGAAACACAAUGCAUCUCAUGCACACACAUACAGACACACACCUUGCAUCCCUUAUGCAUACAAACACAGAUUCACACAAUGCAUCCCUUACACACAACCAGAAACACAUAAUACAUCCCUUAUACACAAAUACACACUUCUUCCACUACACACAAACACACUGCAUCACCUGCACAAACUGGUAACCCUAAACACUACAUACCAUAAGCACACAUAUUAGAUCCUCUACAAUAACACAUAACACAUCCCCUACACACUCCACUCCCUGUGAGCGAACUCAUGGGUGGGUGGAACUUAUGAGUGGGCCUUAUGGGCAUACUCACCGUCAGGCCCUGGGGCCCAGACCUUGAGCUGUGUAAGGGGCCCCCAAAAAAUUGAGCUGCUUCCAAUUCUCCCAGAACAUUGAAUUUUGUGACCACAGUUGCAAACAGCCUCCAGAGAUCCUGUUCUACACCAGACCAGUGGAGCCAAACUGCAGCCCAUCAUCAUCCUCAUCUGCUUGUAAGUAGGCAAUCUAGUAUAUUAUUAGAGGCUGAUUAACAUAGGGGCUGAUGGAGCUGCAGCUCUGCGCCCAGGCCCAUGAAGCCCAUUGAUUAAAAAUAAAAAAAAAAAAAAGAUUUUUUUUUUUUUUUUACAUUUUAUUUUUCACACACUACUCUUAGGGAUUCCACCUGACUUUUAUUUUAUUGGCACAGCCAGUAUUUGGGGCUGCCUGGUGGUGCUGGUAUUGCAGUGAUACUGGCAAUACAAAUGCUGGUAUUUUUAUCAGUAUAAACAAGAGAUUACUCUGCAAUACCAGCACUGGCCAGUAGGGGUCGCUGUAUGUGGAGACAGGCAGGGAUAGGAAGUUCCAGCAUAUCCCUCCCUGCCUAUCUAUACUCACUGAUCUGUAGGGGUGCAGCUACAGAGAGUCCAGACAGCAACUCCCACCCUGCAGAGACAGCCUACAGCUCAGGGAAGUAAGGGAUGGAGGAAAGGCUGCAAGGAGACAUACACUGAGACACUAAGGGGACACUGGGAGACAUUAUGGCAGACACUGAGACACUAAGGAACACUGGGAGACAUUAUGGCAGACACUAAGGGACACUGGGAGACAUUAUAGGACCACUCUAGGCACCCAGACCACUUCAGCUUAAUGAAGUGGUCUGGGUGCCAGGUCCUUCUAGGGUUAACCCAUUUUUUUUAUAAACAUAGCAGUUUCAGAGAAACUGCUAUGUUUAUGAAUGGGUUACGCCUUCCCCCUAAUCCUCUAGUGGCUGUCUCAUUGACAGCCGCUAGAGGUCCAUAGGAAAGCAUUGUAAAUGCUUUCCUAUGCGACGGGCUGAAUGUGCGCGCAGCUCUUGCCGCGCGUGCACAUUCAGCCCAGGAGGAGGAACGGAGGAGGAGAGAAGGAGGAGAGCUCUCCGCCCAGCGCUGGAAAAAGGUAAGUUUUUACCCCUUUCCCCCUUCCAGAGCCGGGCGGGAGGGGGUCCCUGAGGGUGGGGGCACCCUCAGGGCACUAUAGUGCCAGGAAAACGAGUAUGUUUUCCUGGCACUAUAGUGGUCCUUUAUGGCAGACACUGAGACACUAAGGGGCACUAGGAGACAUUAUGGCAGAUACUGAGGUACUAAGGGACACUGGGAGACAUGGCAGACACUGGGACACUAAGGGACACUGGGAGACAUUAUGGCAGACACUGAGACACUAAGGGACAUUGGGAGAUACUAUGACACAGACACAUGGGGACACAGUAUCCCCAUGUCUCCCAGCCAGUGUCCCUGGUGUCUCAGUGCCCCCCUAGUCUCCCAGUGACCCCUAGUCCCCCAGUGCCCCCAGUCUGCCAGUGUCUCACUGUCCCCAUGUCUUCUAGUGCCUCCAUGUCUCUCAUUGCCUCAAGUGUCACAAUGUCCCCAUGUCUCCAAGCUAGUGUCUCUAGUGUCUGUGGCCCUGGUGUCUCUGUUCCCAUGUCUCCCAGUGCCCCAUGUCUCAAUGUCCCUAUGUCCCCCAGCCAGUGUCUCUAGUGUCUGUAUCCCCAUGUCUUCAAGUGUCCCCUAUUUUCCCAUUGUCACCAUGUGUCCCAGCCAGAGUCCCCUAGUCUGGAAACUUAAGUGGGAUGUAUGGGAACAAAACUUGUGUGGACUGGCUAACAAUGAAUAUAAUUAAAGGGACACUAUAGUAACCAGAACAACUACAGCUUAUUGAAUUUGUUCUGGUGAGUAGAAUCAUUACCGUCAGGCUUUUUGCUGUAAACACUGUCUUUUCAGAGAAAAUGCAUUCUUUACAUUACAUCCUAGUGAUAACUUCACUGGCCACUCCUUAGAUGACUGUUAGAGAUCCUUCCUGGGUCAUGGCUGCCUAAAAUGCAUCCAAACAUUCAGUAUCUCCUCCCUCUGCAUGCAGACACUGAACUUUCCUUAUAGAGAUUCAUUGAUUCAAUGUAUCUCUAUGAGGAGAUGCUGAUUGACCAGGGCUGUGUUUGAAUCAUACUGGCUUGGACCCUGAUCUGCCUCUUUGUCAGUCUCAGCCAAUCCUAUGGGGAAGCACUGUGAUUGGAUCAGGCCACCACUUCUAAUGAUGUCAGCAGACUGCUUGUUUUUAUGAGUCUAACAGCAUGCAGAGUUACAGCUUCAGGCUUGAAUAUAGAUUUUGCUAUAUUUAUGGAGGCAUGAGGGGUCCAGGGGGGCUAGAUGGUGGUGUUAACACUAUAGGGUCAUGAAUUCAUGUUUGUGUUCCUGACCCUAUAGUGAUCCUUUAAGGUAAUGCUGACUUUGGUCUCUAACACUGUGGCAUGUUCCCUUUCUUCUACACUCACUACAUACAGCUUUUCUCUGUCCCAGACUAUAUACCAGGAGCUUCUGCCUGCUAGUAAGAAGAUAAGGAGACAAGUGGACCAGCGAGUGCUAGGGGACAGUCCUUAGAAAGGGUUGAGCGAGCGCAUCAUUAGAUGCAUUUAUGCCAAGCUCAGGGUGCUGUCUGCAUAGUAUGCCCUUAGUUGGUCAGCUGCAUGAUUGGCAGGCAGCCUGACAUGCAUUCAUACCAGGCUGGCAUUCUAAUUCUUUGAGCAGACAUGUCCUUUUUUUUGGCAUGUUUGCCCGUUUUGGCAGGUUGAGUGAUUUGGGUCAGUGGCACACCCUUUUACCGUGCCCAUUGACUUCCUGCUUGAUUGGACGUUGCUGUUAGGGGUUAUGGAUUUACUUGGAAGCUGAAAACAUAAAUUAGAGCGAGAUUAGCCUAGGGUAUGUGUUUUCUUAUAGUUGCUGUUCUUUCUCUCCAGCACCAUCUCCAUCAGAUACAUGACGCUUGGGAGUGUUUUACUGUUUUUGGUCGAUAUGAUUCUGUAAUUAGGCCCGUCAUAAUUGUCAGCACCAGGCCCACUGGGCUCUUAAUCUGGCCCUGAUUAUUAGUGACACUAAUCUAUAAUUUACCUCACAUUAAAAGGACACUAUAGCUUAAUGAAGUGGUUCUGGUGUCUAUAGCUGGUCCCUGCAGGCUUUUUAAUGUAAACACACACUGUGUGCAGCACUGGCGUUAGUUCAUAUGGCAGGUCAUAUGGGUGGGGCAUUGUGAUGUGACAUGUGGGGGCAGCAAAUUUUUAUUUUGUCUAGGGCGGCAAAAAUCCUUGCACCGGCUCUGAUCCUGGGCAGGUGCACCAGUCUACUUGACUGGUUUUGCCCCCCAAGCCUAAGGCUGCCAGCCCUCCCCUGGCCUCUGGGGAGGUCUUUUGGCGGCCGCUGGCGGACUUGUCCUGGCGGCCGCUGAGGGAGCUGCGCGAGCUGUGCUGGCUCUUCUCCCCAGCACACAGCUGAAUGAGACCGGCGCCGGAAUAUGACGUCAUAUUCCGGCGCCAUUCUCAUUCAGCAGCGCGUGAUGGCGGGAGUGCACUAACACAGGAAGCACCUCUAGUGACCGUCUGAGUGACUGUCACUAGCAGUGUCACUUUGAAGCAAUGUAAACACUGCCUUUUGUCUGAAAAGUCAGUGUUUACGAUGAAAAGCCUGUAGGGACAUGCUAUAGACACCAGUACCACCACAUUAAGCUGUGUGCGUGUAUCAAUGAGCUUGUGUGUGUCACUGAAAUGUCAGUGAAAUUGCCUGUGUCUGCAUGUGCGGAUGCUUACUGUAUAAUUAAACGUUUUACCCUGAAAGGACCAAUAUUUUAUAUUAGAAAAAGCAAUAUAUAUAUAUAUAUAUAUAUAUAUAUAUAUAUAUUACUCAAUCAUCUGUCCUGGCAAGACUUAGCCUUACAUAUUACACGCGACAAUAUAUGGCGCAGUGACUUAUGGGGCUGGCACAAUUUUUUUUUCCAGGGCUGCUUUGUAUCCCCAGUCCGGCCCUGGUCAGUGGCCAACCUUUUACACCGCCCUUUGUCUUCCUGCUUCACUGGACACUGCUGUUAAGGGGUUUGGAUUUACUUGAAAGAUGAAAGCAUGCAUUAGAGAGAGAUUAGCAUAUUUUAAGAGAAUCUGAGUUUUCUUGUAGCUGCAUCCUAUGAGUUUCCCUCCGGCAACAUCUCCACCAGAUACAUAACGCUUGAGAGGUAGGACUGUUUUAGUGUUUUUGGUCGAUAAGAUUCUGUACUUAGGCCCCUCAUAAUUGUCAGCACCAGGCCCACUGGGCUCUUAAUCUGGCUCCGCAUGUCAGCAAAACGCAGUCAGAGAAAUUGGGAAAAAGAGGAGAAAGAUGUUGGCUACAAAGAUAGACAAUUCCUAGUAUUUUCGAUUACAGUGAACUAUUGUCACGUUCAGCCAGCUGUUUCGAAAGAUACUGUGAUAGACAGGUGGGGAAGUAGGAAGAUGUGUUUCUAAGAAUCAUCUUCAGCCUCUGGCACAUCACACUGUUAUGGACUACAAAACCCAUUAUUCUCAGCCAGCCAUUAAAAAGAUACUAUUUGCAUAUAUAGAGCUGUGAUUGAAUUACAAGGAGCUGUAGUGCUCGAAGUCUCUCCCAUAGUGUGAAAUAACAUAUCCCUAAUAACACAUCCCAAAGUCUAUAAAACCCUUUAUUCUAUACCAGGGGUCAGCAACCUAUGGCACGUGUGCCUUUGCACGGCACUCGAGGCUGCCAGAGACAAACAGGAACUUCAGAUAUCUGCUAUUGCAAACCGAGCGCUGGUUGCAAUUGGUGAGAACAAUCCUCAAUUUACGCAUUCCAGCACUUAGAGGAAGUGAUCUCAGAUCACUUCCUCCUCCCACUUGUGAACAGGAAUCCACACUGGAGUAGAGCAGCCUGCAAAAGUUAUCGUAGCUCCUGCCUUUGACCUGUACUUGGCCAGCCAGGUUCCUACUGGACCACACUGAAGCUACCCACACUGCUAGACAUACACAGAUCAUACAAAUAAUUCCCCUCAUACAUAUAAUACAAACAGCCCACACACAAAUAGCCCCCAUAAACACAACACCAUUGACAAUCCACAUACACGCAAACAACCCCACAAGCAGCUUCUCACAUGCAAUACCGGAAGCCACCCCACAAAUACACACACCAACAAACAUGCAAUGUGACAUAUCAUUCGCAUACAAAAUUCCACAAGCAGCCUCCAUACACAGCCCACAUUCAUAGGUAUCAUACACAAUACUUCUCAUGAACAUAUAUACAAUUUAACAGCCCAUAUACGCACAAAUACAAUACUACAAAGCAACUGCUGCACCGAUAAAUAAGACAAGCAGAAUGCUGCAACAUGCACACUUUUAGAAAAUAGGAUCGGCACUCCAAGAGACUUCACAAAUCUUGUUUUGGCACAGUACUACUAAAUGGUUGCCUACCCCUGUUCUGUACUAUACUAUGCUGCAGAAGUCAGAAUUAUAAGCCAAGAGCUAUGUAGAGAUAUCAUUAGGUGGAAUGUAGCAAGAGGUUAUACGGAGUGACAUUAUACGUAGGACUAAAUCUCUAUAUUUUUAUAUGGAGCAAUGGGAUGGACUACAUGGAGAUUUAGUUUUAUGUGUGAAUUAUGAAGAAGCGGAUAUAUUUAUAUUUAUGAAAUUAUAAAAAAAAGCAUUAUAUGGAGAGCACUACAGAAUAUGUUGGGUCUAAGUCAUAUAGUGCUCUGGGAAAGGUUGAAACGAGUGGGUCAAAUAAGUGCUGUGGUGGGAACUAUAAGGAGGGUGUUAUAUAGAAAUUUAGGUGAUAUUACAAAGAUGGAGUUUUAAGGAAUCAAUGAUUCUAUGGUGCCGUAGCAAAUUAAAUCAGGGUUCUAUAAACCUUGAUGGAGUGUUAUAUGGAGGGAAACGGUUUUAAGCAGAUGGUUAUAUGGAUUUACAAGAAGAAAUAAAGAAGUGAUUUAAACAGUGCGCUCGGGGUUGCUGAAGUUCAAAGCUGACGUUUAAAAUAAGAAUACUACCUGUUGGUGACCCCUGGAAUGGGUUAGAAGAGCAGGAGGGGAGAUUUUAUGGAGCUGUGGGAAAAGUUUGAAGAGGAAGGCAGUAUUGAUCUGUAUGGGAAAUAGAUAUGGGGCUGUGUGAACGGAUCAUGUAGGACAGCAUAUACGACCUUGUCCGUGAGACUGACCGCUGAAAACAACAUGUAAUAUUGAGCUCUGGUGGUGGUAUGGGAAAGGCUGUAAGGGACAUGUAAUAUUAUUGCACUAUGUGGAAGGAGCAUGUAAUACUGAAUUAUGUGGGUAAUUAGAUGAUACCAUGAGAAAGGAUAAAGUAUUGUGUAAUAUAGAGGUGCUGUGUACAUGGUGCUAUGGGAAAUCCUAAAGGUGCUUAUAAUAUAGCAACAUACAGCUGGUUAUAUGGAACCAUAGGAGAGACUGAAAAGAAUAAUACAGAAUAAUAGUGUACAGGGUUUAAUAAAUCACUGCAGAAGGAGAUUUAAGAAAAGCUCGUUAUCAGUAAAUGAUCUAGAACUGUAUUAUUAAACACAUUGUAGUGACAGAAAGAGCUAUGUAGUCAGUGGCUUGCAGUAACGCACAUUGUAUUAGAACGUGAGUUUGCUGCGGUAACAUGGGUUUUUGCAGACAGUCUGGCUGCUGUGCUAAGAUUAUAUCUGUAAUAGGGGAAAAGUCCUGAGCUGCUUGUAGAGGAAAGGGUAGCAGAGGGAGGGAAUACAAAAGUCAGGAACAGAGGGGGAAGGGGGGACGUAGAAGGGACAGUGGGGAUGGAAGCCAAUAUAUAUUUUAAGAGAGGAAAAGGAAAUUAAGAAUGUACUGUAUGUAUUGCAAUUUUUACACCAUUAAUAAUUAGAAUAAUUUUAUUUCUCUCUCUCUUUCUGCAGGUUUCCGGGUCACAAAGUCAGCUGACACACAAAUCAGAAGGUAUAAUUUAGACCAUUAUCCAGAGAGACAGUUAUUUAUCACUGUAACACAUACAUCUGUCACUAGAAUACAUACAAUGAGCUUACAUCAUAGCAUGCACACCCAGCUACCUCUUGGAUCAAGCUCGGUCCUCAAUAACUGUGUUUCCUGUUAACAUUUGUAAUUGUUUGUUAUUUGCGGUUAUAUCCCCACAUUAAAUUUGUAAAGAACUCGUGAAUAUGUUAGCGCCAUAUAAAUGCCAAGAGAGGGCACCAAAAAAAUUAAAUACUUUACAAAUUCCUAAAUAUUACAAUAAUACACAAUAAUUAGGCAAAUAAACAUUUUCCUACAUUUUUACAUUUCCCUUGCUCAGGUUCUUUACUCCUUCACCUUUUAUCAUUCCUCUUGGAUUAUUCAUUUCCGAACUUUUUCCAUUCUGUAUUUGUAAUUUUUGUGUGCUGCUCAAUAUCUCUCCACCAAGACUUGGUAUUAGAUCUCCUGGUACCCUUAGGGCUUUGCACCUAUAUUUAUUUAUCUACCUUUUCCAGCCUUUAUGGGGGGCUCAUUAUACUAGUUGAAACCUUCUACCUGUCACUUUUCAUCUAAAGUCUUAUUUAUUUAGCCGUUAUCCUUACCAUUUUCUACACUCAUUAGGGCUAGAGUUUUCUACCCACAUCUAAUAACAAUAAUUAGGCAGCUUCACACAUAAGAAACGUCCCCAAGUUCUAACAACAUAAAAUAUACAAAUAUAAGUGUCAGCUCUUUAUUAUUAUUAUUAUUUUAUUAUUUAUAUAGCGCCAACAAAUUCCGUAGCGCUGUGAACCAGGGGAUUAUCUACUAAGCACUGACACUUGUGUUUGUAUUUGCUAUAUAAAUGCCAAUAAUAAUAAUAAUACACCAUCUAUUACUAUGCCACUAGCAAGCAUGGCCUUUAAUAGACUGAGUGUAGGACAGGAUGAACAGUGUACAGCGCUGUGGGAUUUGUUGGCAAAUUAUUAAAUUAUAAUAACAAAGCUGUCAAUUUGAUGAAGGGGUUUAAAGUGACAGGCAGUAUGUGGAUGGGUGAUGGGAGAGAGAGAGCAUGGGGCAGGGGGUUCAGACAGGACUUUAGAUUAUUAUUCUUUUAUUAUUUAUAUAGCGCCAUCAGAUUCCGUAGCGCUGUACAUUGGGUGGACUAACAGACAUGUAAUUGUAACCAGACAACUGGACGUACAGGAACAGAGAGGUGGCGGGCCCUGCUCAAUGAGCUUACAUUCUAGAGGGAUGAUGGUGGAUUGUUUAUAGACUGUUAAGAAAAAGAGUGAAAAGAAUGAGAUGAGAGGGAUCUGGUACCUGCAUGUUUUAGUGUCGGCAAGGUACUGAGCGAAAGAUAUAGUUACACUUCUAUAAAAAGAUGAGGAUCAAAAACACCAUCAAACAUGUUUUGCAAGAGAAUGCAUUGUUCUUUCAAUGCUUUAAAGUAGCAGAAUGAAGUAUGAAUUAAUGAACCAGUCACCUUUUGGCACUUUAAGUUUUUUCUUUCCUAAGAAAAGCACAGUUUAUUCCUAAAAAAGUUUUCAUUUCAGGGAACAUUUUCAUUUUACUGGUAGAAAGGAAUUGUAUUUUAAUUUCACAACCAAUUCCCUUUGAUAUUGUUUCAAUCAGAUUAUUAUUGGUGAGAUGCAAACCUUACGCUUUAAUUUAAUUCAUGAUCCUAAUGAUCUAGACAGAAAUGUAUAUUAGUGAAAAAGAGUUUGCGAAUACAAACGGUCAAUUCUGACAUUCCGUACUUGUACCACAAUUACCUUUAUGGAUAAAAAAAAUGUUCCUGUCUAAAUAUUGGUGUUAACGAAAAGGGUUAUAUGGCAGACAAGUCAAAUAAGAACAUUUGGCCUCACUGAUAGAUGUUAUGUUUGGAGGAAAUUUAAUUGGUUUGAGCAGAACAGACUCAUCCAAACUGUCAAGCGUCGUGGUAGGAAUUUUAGGGCUGCUUGCUUACCUGACAACCUGUAUGAUAUGCCUUAUUAACACAAUGGAUUCUGCAGUAUAUCACAGGGUUCUACAGGAGAAUGUGAAGCUGUACAGCGGUGAGCUCUUACUAAAACAAGGCUAACAGGAUUAUUCACUACAGACCUGUUCGGGUUAAAAAUCUGGAUAUUGUUAAUGACAUUAAACAAUGUGCGGAUUUUACAAUUCAGGCCCCAAAUGGACAUGAAUUUCGUCUGGAAUUCAGCCAGAUCGAACGCCACCAGUUGUCUGAAACCUGACCCCAAGGCUUCAAAUCUUGGCCCAGUUUCUUCAAAUUGCUAGCAGCCGGUGAGCAAAAUUGUUACAAACCCUUGGCAGUGCAAGGGUGAUUUGUGUGGUGGCUGGUCAGUGCUUCCUAGCCAGCCGCCUCAUUAAUUUAUUUUUUAAGUAUAAAUAAAAAGCUUAUAAGGGUUAAUAAGACCCUCAUAUUACUUGGGGUUGGGGCAUAUCUACUAAAUGUGUUAAACUAGCGAAUGGGCAAACAUUGCUGACCAGUCAUUAGAAAUGGACCAUCCCAUGGGGGUGGAGCCUAUUAAAUAAAAGAUUGGGGAAAAUAGUUCUCGAAUGUGUAUUGUGUGGCGGACUUAAUAUAAAAACAAUAGGGUUGGACAGAUACCUUUCUAGCUCCCACGUGCUGACCAACUGUGGUUAGCGGAUGAGAGCUAUUGUAAUAAAAGGGGUGGGAGACUCUUUGGCCACUAGUAGUGCUAGCAGCCUGUGGGCAAAUAUGGUGCAAGGGUUAAUUAUGUGGUGGCUGGGCAGCGCUUUCUAGCCAGAUGCCAUAUUAAAUAGUUAAACAUAAAUAAGUAAAUAGCCUGUGGGAGUCAAUAAUACACCCAUAUUACUAUAAGGGAGGUUUAAAACCUCCUUAUCCCCACACCCGCCAUGUGACAGGUGGGGGCAUAUCUACUAAAUGUUUAAAAUUAGCGACUGGGCAGCCAUAAGACUGCCUGCUGGCAAACAGUACGUAAAAUUAUCAUUGGUAUGCAUAAAAGCAAAUGAACGAUAAUUUGCAAAUGUGCAUGCUACCGGAUGCAUUUGGUUCAGAAUUUAAGUUACUUUGUACAAAAUUUGAAUGUGAAAACAGUGAUUAUUAGCUAAGAACUUUGAUAUUGUGAACUACUUUUGCACCUGGAAGUCAACACAGAGAGAGAAAACAGAAAUUAAACGAUGUUUCUACUUAUUUUCAUGUUUCCCCUGGCUUUGCCUACCUUGAACUGGAUGAUGAUGUAAUUCGCUAGAUCUUUCAUAUAAAUUUAAAAGAAAAUUAUGCAUCUCAAAAAAAGUUCAACACUAAGUUAAUGGUGUUUUUCAAUGUUUUAUUGAAUGGUCUAAAUUCAUGAUGUCACAGUUCCCCUUUCAUCACUGCCAUAAUUCCCUUUUAAUGCAUUACUUCUUUAUCCAAGAAUAUCCUUUCUGACCUUUUUAAAAGCAUAAUUUUAGUAACUAGGUCCAUAGGUUACUCUAGCAAGUAAAGAAGGAAAAAGGGAAAUGCCCCAUCUGAUCAUUCAUCAAAUAGUGAAUGGAUUAUAAUUGGAAUUAUCAUACCUGUAAAAUAAAAAAAAUAAAAACCAAUUGGUUGAAAACCAAUAAAAGGCAAAGUGUACAAAACCAAACUGAUUUGGUAGGGAGAUCAGAAGGUCUCCCAACCGGGUACAGCGCUCCCUUCUACUAGAAGAAAAACCUCCUGUGAGUGCAGACCAAUUGUACCUCUAUGUUGGAAUUCAGCACUUCUGAGUUAUUUAGAGCCACAGGUAACCAAGCAAUUGUCUGAGUCAUUGAGUAGCGCUAAACUAAAGUGAGAGGUACAAAUGCUCUGCACCCACCAAAGGUGCAGACCACAGCCUACACUCACCAGACCAUUAGGAAUCAUGAUGGAUUCAUGUCUCCCUGUCUGGCCAAAGGUAAGCAAGAGACACAUAAGACCUUAUAUAUGGAACCCAUAACACCACUGCAAAUAUACAGGACACACCUUAAAUAUCCCAAACACAUACACAACAUCUCAGAAAACUCACCAACCUUAGCACAGACAGCCCAUAUACAAGUAUAAGAAGCAGCCACACUCAUGCAUUCCUCACAGGCCCGGAUUUACCCUCCUUGCUGCCCAAGGGCCAAUUUUCUCAAUGCAAACUUCAUAUAUACAUGUAUAUUAAUACAUGUGAGUUAUAUUUUUGUGUAUGAUUUGUAUUCUGUUUCAAAUAUAUAUACAGUGGGACCUCGGUUUACGAAUUUAAUGCGUUCUCUGCGACGUUUAUUAUUGUGAAAAAUUUGUGAACCGAAACACGGUUUCCCAUAGGAAUGCAUUGAAAACCAAUUAAUCCAUUCUGGAGGUCAGAAAAAAGUCAAAAUGAGCCGGCAUGGAAACCAACCCACAAUGCAGAACACACAAUAAAAGGCAUGCAAAUGACAAAGCUCGGCUCCCUACCUUUCCACAGCUUGAGAAAUGCACCAAAAAGUCCCAAAACAACUGCAAACAAUUUCCAGAAUGGCUCCAAAACUCGAUGCAAAAGCCGCUCCAACACCUCCACACUCGACGCCACGUGCUACCCAGCAUCCAGGGGGCAGUGCUAUAAACCACCCAGGUGCAAUGCAUCCUGGGGAAACUUGCUUCGUAUUGUGAAAAAAAUUUGUAAACUGAGGCAUUAUUUUCAAUGGAUUUUCAUUAUGUUAACCGAGGCAUUUGUUAACCGAUGUCCCACUGUCUAUAUAUACAUUGUGACGAAGUGCCCUUCGCCACUUGUGCCUGGAGAGGACUGCUUGCCCGCCUCUUGCCCUGUGACUAUGGCCCCUGGGAUGUAUUGCCCUUUAAAGACAUGAUUUGGGCAUAAUGGAUUUGUGUUGUGCUGCUGCUGGCCCUUUAAGAACCAUCUGGGGAUAUACUGUGGAGUUACUGGGUGGCCACCAUUUCCUGUAUCAGAAGCACAUGGUGAGAACAAUGGAUGGCGGCCAUUUUAACUCACAGACACUGUUUGGACUUUUCAACACGGUGCCAUCUCGCCAGUAUUUGGUGCACAGAGACAUCGUGCAGUGGUUUUGGACUAUACAGCAGGGGACACAUUAUAAAGUGAUUGUUUUUCAUUUAGCCUAUAUAUGUUCUGCAGAAUCUGCAUUAAACUGUAUUUUCCAAAGUACUGAACGGAUCUGGGUGAAUUUUGGAUAUGUGGUUCACCCAGAUCCCCCGGUUCCAAGGAUAUACUUUUAUGGGGUUAUUGCAUGUUUUGGGGUCCCUGUGUGUUUUAUGAAACUGUAUUAGUUCUGGCCAGCAGAUAAUUGAGCUUUGUGUAUUGUAGAAACUCAAUUAUCUAGCCUGGCCCAGAGGAAGAGUUUUGUGUUGCAUAAAUUGUGAGUUCUGUGUGCCAGUAAAUCAGUCUUGUUCCAGCAUUAAGCCUUGGCUCAUGUUUGGGGGAAGGGAUACCUACACUCUGGGGAUUGCUAUAAUCACUUACUCCCCAGAGGAAGCUCUUGCAAUAGUUUGAUUUGUUCCUGUUCCUGCUCUCUGGGGAAAGAGAGGUUCACCCACUGGAAGCUGGAUCCUGGCCUUGGGUCCAGGGUGGGUGGAAACAGCAGAGACCCCGGCGCAGUUGCAUCGCUGGAAGUGGGGUCUGCAGUGCUGAUGGUGUCGGUUGGAGUGCUUGGAGUCCUCAGCGAGCACUAGGAGCAUCGAUUGGCGGAGGUACUCAGUCGGAGUGCCAGCGUUCCGUCACAUUUGGUGGCAGCGGCGGGAUGGCGUCCUAGUGCGAGGACCAGCAGCUCAGAGACACCGGUAACGUGUGGAGUUACGGAUUUAUAAUUGAGGGCAACGCUAGCCUCUGCGCAGCGUCCCUACCUACAGCAACAUGGAGCUAGCAAGACCCUGGACAGCAGCCAGUGAAUUGCAAAUCCGCCUGUCACAGUGCUAUGAGGGUGCUGAUUUCAUGAAGGAAGUAAAGGCGCGGCUGGUCUGGUUUGGCCCAAACCCUUCAGAUGAGGUGGUCCAUCAAGUGAUGCGCAUGUUGAGUGCUGAGAACCAAGACGCACGGAACUUCGAGUACCAACUGUGGAGUUUGGGGGUAUUGACACCCCGUCUCCAGCGACAGAGUGAGUUACAGGGAGAGGAGAGCAGCGACCUCCCAUCCCAGCGGCAGUGCACCGUACAGAGGGAAGAGACAACCGGUCUCUCUCCCCAGCGGCGGCCUGAGUUCCAGGAGGAGGUGAUGGUAGAUCCCUCCCCCGUACAGCAACCAGCGUCCUGGGGAGGGGAGGCAACCGGCCUCCCUCUCCAACAGCAGCCGGAGGAGGGCGACCUCAUAGACUUGUCCUGGGGACACACAGAGAUGGCAAGCGGAGAUGGGACCGAAGUCUCUCUGCCGGCCCUACAGGGAUGCUGGGCAGUCAGCCUAGGUCCCCAGCGGCAGUAUAAUAUCCAGGGAGAGGAGACAACUGGUCUCUCUCCCCAGCGGCGGCCUGAGUUCCAGGAGGAGGUGAUGGUCAAUCCCUCCACCUUACAGCAACCAGCGUCCUGGGGAGUGGGGGCAACCAGCCUCCCCCUCCAACAGCAGCCAGAGAUACCGGGAGAGGGGGAAGACAAACCUAACCACACUGGCGCAGAUGGGACCGCGGUCUCUGUGCCAGUCCUACAGGGAGGCUGGACGGGCGGUCCAGAUCCCCAACCAACCCCGCAGGGAUGCCAGGAGGAGGAGGUAAGCGAAACUUCCCCUCCCCAGCUACAUCCCAACCGGGUCCUGGGGGCAGUGGAUGAGCCUGCGAUACCCACUGACCCCCUCCCAGCAGAAGAGCUGGCCUCUGGGCAGAGCUCUGUUAGCCUCUGCCCCCCCUUUUCCCCUGUAUCAGAGCCUGACUUACCACGGGUUACCCCAGUGGAAGAGCUGGCAGCAGGGCAGAGCGCCGCUGGCCUCUGCCCCCCAAGCAACACCAGCAGUUUGCCUAGCUGCACCAGGGAGACCGAGAGUGCUGCGCUGUCCCACUACAAACAUGAACCUACAGGCCAGUACCAUUUAUUGUGGGGGGGUUACUCUGCGUAUUUUUCUUUGUGGGUGGGCUGCCCGACUAAUCUAGGUACUGACCGGCAGAAGGUCAGGUACCUGUUUAGUCUUCCCCCCAAAGGGAAGAUGUGUGACGAAGUGCCCUUCGCCACUUGUGCCUGGAGAGGACUGCUUGCCCGCCUCUUGCCCUGUGACUAUGGCCCCUGGGAUGUAUUGCCCUUUAAAGACAUGAUUUGGGCAUAAUGGAUUUGUGUUGUGCUGCUGCUGGCCCUUUAAGAACCAUCUGGGGACAUACUGUGGAGUUACUGGGUGGCCACCAUUUCCUGUAUCAGAAGCACAUGGUGAGAACAAUGGAUGGCGGCCAUUUUAACUCACAGACACUGUUUGGACUUUUCAACACGGUGCCAUCUCGCCAGUAUUUGGUGCACAGAGACAUCGUGCAGUGGUUUUGGACUAUACAGCAGGGGACACAUUAUAAAGUGAUUGUUUUUCAUUUAGCCUGUAUAUGUUCUGCAGAAUCUGCAUUAAACUGUAUUUUCCAAAGUACUGAACGGAUCUGGGUGAAUUUUGGAUAUGUGGUUCACCCAGAUCCCCCGGUUCCAAGGAUAUACUUUUUAUGGGGUUAUUGCAUGUUUUGGGGUCCCUGUGUGUUUUAUGAAACUGUAUUAGUUCUGGCCAGCAGAUAAUUGAGCUUUGUGUAUUGUAGAAACUCAAUUAUCUAGCCUGGCCCAGAGGAGGAGUUUUGUGUUGCAUAAAUUGUGAGUUCUGUGUGCCAGUAAAUCAGUCUUGUUCCAGCAUUAAGCCUUGGCUCAUGUUUGGGGGAAGGGAUACCUACACUCUGGGGAUUGCUAUAAUCACUUACUCCCCAGAGGAAGCUCUUGCAAUAGCUUGAUUUGUUCCUGUUCCUGCUCUCUGGGGAAAGAGAGGUUCACCCACUGGAAGCUGGAUCCUGGCCUUGGGUCCAGGGUGGGUGGAAACAGCAGAGACCCCGGCGCAGUUGCAUCGCUGGAAGUGGGGUCUGCAGUGCUGAUGGUGUUGGUUGGAGUGCUUGGAGUCCUCAGCGAGCACUAGGAGCAUCGAUUGGCGGAGGUACUCAGUCGGAGUGCCAGCGUUCCGUCACAUACAUAUACAUAUACACACACACAAUGUAAAGUACAACCCAACACGCAGAGUGAAAUUCCACAGGUAAAUAAAUGAAGACAUAUAGAAAGUCCCUAAACCAAUCCUUAGAAUGGCAGGAUAAAGACUAAUAAUAAUUCAAGGAUAGUCAGAAAGAGCCAAGGUCAAGGGAAGCCAGAAAUACACUAAUACGAGAGACAAAAGCCGAGUCAGGGGAGGCAGAAAUACACAAGAACGAUAAACAUAAACAAAGUCGAGUCAAGGUAGCCAGAAAACAGAGUAGUCGAGAGCAUACCGGGUCAAUACAAAUCAGUACCAAAAGGGACAAAAUAAUGCACUAUAGGGACACUAUUAACACUAGGAGCCACAAGAGGGUACUGUACUUUGGGCAGACUGGGUAUACAGGGGAUGACACACACACAGACACACUAUAUAUAAAUAUUAAUAUAAUACACACACACAUAUAUAUAUAUACGUAUAUCUGUACACAUGUAUAAUACAUAAUACUCACCCACAAUUUAAGAGUAUUGAUUUAUUUUUUCAAUUAUAUGUUUGUCCUUUGUGCAAACCCAUGCACUUAGUGACCCAUAUGCUCAUACUCACUGACCCAUGCACACACACACACACUCACUGACCCUUCCUGUGCUGCUUUAGUCAUCCACUAGUCCAUUUCCCCUUACUACUGAUCCACUGUGUGCAGGGACUGGAAGGGGAGGGAGCCUUUAGGGGGAGUCAGUGCCCCUCAUUUAUUCAUUCCUUAAUGAUUCUUCCAGUUACCUUACGCUGACUUCUGAUCCAACUUCAGAUUUCUUCUAUCUCACAACAAACCCACCAUAGCCACUUUUUACUGCUUAUCCAAAAUCCACAGAGACAUCUAUAAUCCACUAUGCAGAACAAUUGUGCCUGGAAGACAUUGUUUAACUAAGUGAGCUAGUUAAUUUGUUGAGAAACUUCUGCAUCCCUUUGUAAAGAAACUGCCAUCAUUUUACAGGACAUGAAGCAAACUUUAUUUACCUCCAUAUACCAUGCUAGGAAACUUGGAUGUGGUAUUAUUAUGCAGUAAUGGACCCCAUAAGAAAGGCCUCCAAGUGUGUUCAUACUUUCUGGAUAAAUCAACAAUAUAUAACGACCAACAAAAACAUUUUAUUCUGGCUCUCUAGUUGUGUCUUAACACAUAACUAUUGCAUCUGUAAUGGGAAGCAUUAUUUACAAUCUAAGGGUAGUGCGAUGGGGACAGCAUGCGUGCCAAGCUGUGCUAACCUCUUUUUAGGGUGGUGAGAACUAACGAAUGCAAAUUCUUGGUGCCAGAUGCACAUCAUAAAGUGGUACAGAUAUACUGAUUACUUUCUACUUGUCUGACACUCCAAAGAACUUCAAAUAUUACUCUGAUACAGUGAGGGCUGGCAAGGGAGCUACUGUCCCCAGGCCACUAGCAUACAAGGUGUGUGUGUGGCAGUCACACAGCAGCAUGGCUCUUCUAUUUAAAAUAAGUUUUGAGAUGCCUGUUAACAAAAUACUUAGUGAGGCAGAAGUGCAUGUGCUAGCCUCGCACUAUGUGGGAUUAUGGUCUAGUUGGUAACAAUAUGAGCUCAAUGCCUAGAUUCACCCAAUGACAUCUUCACGCCUUCUAACAUUGGUAGAUAUGCAAUCAGGACCAGGAUUGGGAGAGCUUGAACGGGCGUGACAGAAACACCAUUGACGUCUUGUCUGGAAAGAGGGCAGGGCCAUCUAGAGAAGGAGAAUCUCUGCCUGGCAUGAAUGCACGUCAGGCUGGCAGCCGCUCUGGCCUGACUAUCUUAGGGAAGACUAUGCAGUGAGCACUGCUGAAGCUAGUUCUGUAUGGUCCUAGUGCCCUUAGAACAGAAUGAGCCCACCUAAGCUGGGAACAGUUUCCUUGUGACCCCCCUGAUACAAGGGACAAGUAAACCAACCCAGGAUUGCUUAAAGUAACACUAUAGUAUUUGGAAUAUAAACACGUAUUCCUAACGCUAUAGAGUUCAUCUACCUAUAGCUGACCAGAUUUAAAGCGGCACUGUCAUGCCAAACUUACCUUUCUCUUCUUGUUUCCCCUUCUCUCCCUCUCUCAGAAUCUGUUCUUAUUUUCUUUAUUUCUGAUCUAGUAGUUUUCUUUAAAACAUAAGAUAAAGAAGGGACUACGCUUGACUUUCUUUGACCAAAGGAGGAGCUUAAGUCAGCUCCAUUUCCUGUGUCAACUAGUAGGUUGACUACUUUCUUUGACACAGAAAAAGGAGCUAGCAAAGACAAAAAGGAUUGGGGGCACAUACGAAACAUGCAUUCUGCAGGAAUGGUGCUGCCGUAGUGACCAAUAUUCAUACAUAAUACUAAUUAAGUUACGGCACACACACAAUUUAUCUUCCACAUUUGGAAUUAGUGUAGGACCCACCGAUAUGGGGGUACUGUAAAGCAGUGGUGGGCCUAAUACGAUAUGGCCAUAUGGUGAAACUGAAUCCCCAUAUUUAUUUUCUUAGAUGGGUGAUUUUAAGUAGCCUGAUAAGAUUAUAAGUGUGUUUUAUGUGUGCGCCAUAACUUAAUUUGUAACAUGAAAUGGAGCUGACAGAAGCUCCUCCUUGGGCCAAAGAAAGUCAAGCGUAGGAAAAAUACAUAAGACAAAGUAGUCCAUCUUAUGUUUUAAAGAAAACUAGAUCAAAAAUAAUGAAAAGAAGAACAGUUUCUGAGAGAGGAAGCGAAGAGAAAACAAUAGGAGAAAGGCAAAUUCGUCAUGACAGUGCCACUUUAAGGUUAGUUUACUUACAUCCUGCGGCACACCGGUCUCCGUGCCAAAGUUCCACCUUGUUGUAUGAGAUCAUUAAUCUUUAUGAUCUCAGCCAAUCUAAUGUUUUCCCAUGAGAAAGCAUUUGGAGCUAGUGUGCAUGUGCAGCAAAACACAGUGUUGCAGUAGUCAAAUGGCCUCUAUGAAACCAUCUAAUGGAAAAAUAGUUUUACUCUGCUAUUUAGGCAGAAGAGUCUCUAGUAAUUAUCAAUGUAAAAGCCUGCAAUGGGUUAAAAUGACAGGGCAUGGUACCUAGACCAAUCCAUUGAGAUGAAGUGGUCUGGGUGUCUAUUGCGUUCCUUUGUCAGGAGCCUGAAAUCGUGAUGGUUUUACCAGAUCCAAGACAGUCAGGGAUAUGCAUUUUUCCUGGGAUCCAUAUUUUUCACAUGCUAUAAAAAGGUUUAUCUAUAUACUUUCCCCUCAGGCCUAAGGAUGCCUGCUCUCCUCUGGGUACGGCAUUACCAAAUGGUUGCCUUUCCCUGAUCUAGUGUUUGGCUAGCAAAUGUAUAGCCACACGUACAUCUCCAGCAGCUGUAGAACAUCAAUUCCCAUGAUGCUUUUUCAACUCUAAUCCUACCCUUGUUGAUAAACCUUUUGGAUAGUUCUGGACUACAACAGGCCUACUACAGCUUUUGGCUUGCUAAUUAUCACAGUAUUUAUCACUACCACAAAUGUAAAGUGUGAUCUGCACUGAAUAAAGGACCACUAUAGUGCCAGGAAAACAUACUCGUUUUCCUGGCACUAUAGUGCCCUGAGGGUGCCCCCACCCUCAGGGACCCCAUCCCGCCCGGCUCUGGAAGGGGGAAAGGGGUAAUAACUUACCUUUUUCCAGCGCUGGGCGGAGAGCUCUCCUCCUCCUCUCCGCCUCCGAUCCGCCCCGCCGGCUGAAUGCGCACACGCGCGGCAAGAGCUACGCGCGCAUUCAGCCGGUCUCAUAGGAAAGCAUUUACAAUGCUUUCCUAUGGACGCUGGCGUGCUCUCACUGUGAUUUUCACAGUGAGAAGCACGCAAGCGCCUCUAGUGGCUGUCAAUGAGACAGCUACUAGAGGAUUAGGGGGAAGGCUUAACCCAUUCAUAAUUAUAGCAGUUUCUCUGAAACUGCUAUAAUUAUGAAAAAAUGGGUUAACCCUAGCUGGACCUGGCACCCAGACCACUUCAUUAAGCUGAAGUGGUCUGGGUGCCUAGAGUGGUCCUAUAAGUUAACCCGCUCUCACACUGUGUUUCGCUGGAUAGCUGUUAACUAGUUAGGUACACAGGGAAGCCACUAUUAGAGGUGUAAUGAGAAGGGUAAAUAAUAAUGGGGGGGCGGAGCCUGGCUGGGGAGCUGAUCAGACGCGUGCAGCAAGAGCUCUCGUCUGAAAUCCUACUUUACUCGAAAUAACCCCAGUUCUCAUGCUGCAAAAGUGUUUGAAAUUGCAUCACCCAGGUAGGGGCUGCAAAGGGGAACAUACAGAAGUCACUCUUGAAACUCUAAGCCGACAGGAAUGCGGGCUGCAUCGAUGGGGCCUACCGCAAUGACGACUAGCCUGAAUAGCGGCCUGGAUGGAGGUGAGGGCAUGGGUGAGGCGGCCGAUCGCCCGGCCCGAAACCCCCUGAAAGCAAACUCAGACACUGCGGAGGUCCACCCACGAGCCUUCUCCCCCCCCCCCUGCCGGUGGGGGAUAUCCCGGCACCAGCAGCAUACCCACCGCUGACACUCACAUCCCAAAGACUGCAAACACCACGAGUCCCUAACUCCAAAAUGGCGGAUACCACACGCCAGUCAGCAAACAUGGAGACAAGCGGAAAAUCGCCAAACGACACCCUGACUAAGCUAGAUGCAAUUUUUGCUGCCUUCUGGACCAGGAUUGCAGAGAGGGCACUGAACACGGCUAAAGCUAAUCGUACCACUCUUGCACCCACACCACCCGCACUCCCGGGCACCAAGAGGGGACGCAGAAUGAUAGCUGCCAGAGACCCCCCAAAGAGACACCGAAAACAGGUCCGGUGGCACAAGCAGAAACGUAGAGCCUUCACCAUGACAAACACACACCCCCAAUGUAAGCUGCAACAACCCCACAGCGGACUAGAGGCGCCAUGCCCACCAGGACAACGCCGAUCGAAUGCUAAAUCGCGACUUUACCACCCAGAUACCUGGCACCUAGUCAUAUCUACACCUCUGAAGUCUCAGGAGACAGGGGCUCCCGGAGACUGCAUCUGGCGACCGGAAGGGAUCGGAUGAACACAGACUGGAGACCGGAGCCUGCCAGGCAUGUCUCGUUACAGCAGGACUUUCACAGUAUGCCUUAUAUCGCAGGAACUGAUCUCUGACCGUUAGUUCAGCAUCGAGUAACAGAUGUUCUUCCAAUGUCUUUAUUUUACCUUUACCUCUUGCAGUUACUAAUGUGGUGCCUACCUUGUCUCCACUCUAAAAGCACAUGCAAUAUUUUAUUAGCCAGUCCUCACUAAAGGGGCACCUUAAGCUUGUCCAAACUGAUGGUGAAGCUGCUGGUAUUUCCCUGUAGUCGACAAUGUAAUCUCACCCUAAUCAUAACAGCUGUCUAGUUUAUCGAUGCAGUGUUCAAUAUUUAGAAGCCUUAGCGCAACUAACCUUGUUUUAUAUAUAUAUGUUUAGUCUAGCAUGCUAAUAUAUAAACCACUGAUGUUUAAAAGCCCGUUAACCUCAUGUUAUUUAAAAAAUUUGUGCCAUUUUAACUGCCACACUUUGAAAUGUAAUGAAAAAUGCCUGCAGAUGCUAUCGUGGCUAUGCUCGCUUGUUGUUACUUUUUGCACAAACAAAAAUAAAGAAUAAAAAAAAAUAAAAAAAUAAAAAAUAAUAAUGGGACUGUGAAUGUAUUUUGCAGGACUGUCCUGGAUGGAUUUAUAUAACCGCAGCCAGUGUCAGCCUCGUUUGGUUCUUCGCAGUCUCCUAGUGGAAUUCCCACAGUUUUCCGACUCCCUCUUUCUGCCGCCAUGUGUGUCUGUCAUGCGUUGCAGUGGGUGCUGUCUGGAUGAAGGCCUAAGCUGUGUCCCUACACACACGCACAACAUCACUAUGCAGGUAAAAAGCAAUAGCAAUAUAAUAUGACCUUAUAGAAAUUCUAUAUAAUAGGAGCCACCGUUUAGAAAUCUCUACGUGUAUUAUUAUUAUUUAUUCCGAAAGCACAAUCAAAAUGGCCAAAUUGCAUUUUCUCCUUCCUUUAACUAUUUGCCUCUCAAUUGACUUAGAUUGUGAGCUCUGUGGCCAAUAUAUCCAUAAGUCACUGUAUAUAUUGACCCAGCUUUAAUACUGUCUACGUAUAUACAUGUUAGCAAUAUAUAAGGGUAAUCUUAAGGUUUGGUAUCACAGUACAGGCUUUUCCCAUCUCUUUUAGAAACAAAUUCGAAUUUAUAUGUUAUAAUUCAUUAUAUUUUUCAGGUCAUUAAAACGAAGUUGCUCCAAUCAGAGCUAACAGAGAUUGGGAUUACCCAGCACACACGCUGUGAAUGCAGGUAGGGGAUAAUAAACAUGGGAUGUGUUAUAGCAUAUUUUAUUGAGUAAGUUUGUCCAGGAGGAUGGAUGCCUACUUUGAAUUUCCUACGAUCACUAGCCUGUGCUAGAUUUUAUACUAGUUGUGUCUAACCUCUGGUACUGCAGCUCUUGUGGGCCCCAUUUCUCAGCAUCAUGAAUAUCGGGAAGGUCUCUUUCGGAGGGGUGAAAGGCACGGAAGAAUGCUGCUUUUAAACCACUUGACAAAUAAAGAUUGGAUUUUCACCUUUACCAUAGCUGUGUCCAUAGUGGUACAUUCUGAAGCCAUACAUGUGUUCUUUCCAAUUUGGAGGAAUCUGACACUAUUUUAUGUUAUUAUGGACAUAUUAGCAUGUAAGUAAAGUGUGGCAUUUUACACUGCAUUUUUGCACAGUACUGCAGCACUUUAUUGUACAUUUGGAAGUGUUAGUUGCAAUGCUGCACAUUAGUUUUAUAUAUAUAUAUAAAAGUAGCAUUAAAAGGCACAGUGCACCUUAUUUUUGUUUUUAUUAUACUAUGUUACAUCAUUAUUUUAAUAAUGAUAAACCCACCGAAAUAUGAAUGUAGAAAACGUGCCUAUCGCCAGAUUGCUCCUAUGAUAGCAUUAGCUAGAAUCCCCAUUACAGGUGAUGUGAUCUGUAUGUGUUCAGAAUAUUUAACUGUUGAUAUCCAAAUAAAUAUGGCGUUGAUUGGGUCAUGUGAAGAAUUUCUUUGGAAUGUAUUUUCUAGACCAGGGGUAGGCAAUCUUCGGCACACCAGAUGUUGUGAACUACAUCUCCCAUAAUGCUCUUACCGCCAAUGAUGAUGGCAAAGCAUCACAGAGGAUGUAGUCCACAACAUCUAAAGUGCGGAUAGUUGCCUACACCUGCUCUAGACAAUGGAUGUCAGGCAUGAGUGCGCAUGUAUUUAUUGAGUAACCAUGUAUAAUGUAUUCUGCAACAUAUGUGUAACAACUACUCAGGAUAUAUAAAGGCAGUGAGUUUUCCCUCACUAAGUUUGGUGCUUUAUAUAAUGUUUUUCCAUAAGUGACGUUCUUGAUUUUUUUUUUUUUCAUUUUGCAGGCCAAAGGAAGGUGUCUUGUUGAAGGCUAACAGGUGAACACAUGACAGGAUGGAUCUAGGCUAUAUUAUAAACCUAUUUACUUCUAUUUAAUUUCUCACUCUUCCAAUUUGUCCAUUUCUCCUCUCCAAAUCUCCCUCCUAUCCAUCUGUUAUUUCCACUUGAAAUAGACUGUCUGGACAAGGUGAGAAAAAAAUGAAAAAAAGGAGACGUAAGGGGAAAAAGGGAAGAGAAGCCAACAAAAAAAGGUCAGUGACACCUUGUAUGGGUUUGUCCAGAGAGGAUUUGAAGCAAAUCUAGUACUAGCAUUUGACGCAACUCUGAGUAUUCCACUAAUAAAGAACCUGUAUAAAUUACUCAUAGUAACCAAGUUGGAAUUUCACUAAAAUUCCAAGACAAUCCAAAGAUAUAAUAAGACAAAGAAGGGAUUACUGUGUCUUUGUACAGGCCUGAGGUUGGGCUUUGCUGUUAACUUUUGUCAAAGUCAUCGCAAGCAGCAGCUGUGGGAUUCAGGCAUUGUCUUGAUCAUCACGUGCUCUGUGGAUGUUCCUGUGGUCUAGUGGCAUAGUCUACUGAUCUCAGUGUUGUACUCUCACGCAUGCAUGAAAGUACAGUGGUGACACAGUGCCUGGCAGAUGAAGAGCCAGGAACUGAUAGGAUCCUUUGGGAGAAGAUGGCAUUGGCUGCAAGGGAGAACUUCAAGCAUAACUAAUUUCCACUGGACCUCCUGGCCUACAUCAAAAAAGAUCUCUAGAGCUCUGGGUGGGAAAUCUUUAAUUAAAGGGACAUUAUAGUCACCAGAGCCACUACAGCUUAAUGUAGUAGUUCUGGUGCCAUUUUUUCCCCCUGCAGGCUUUUUAAUAUAAACACUGCCUUUUCAGAGAAAAGGUCGUGUUUACUUUGCUUGCUAGUUACACUUCUAGUGGCAAAUACUCAGACAGCCACUACAGAUGCUUCCUGGGUCAGUGCAGAACAGUGUGCAUCACUGGCUUUCAGCAUCCCUAUGUUCCCUACAGAGAUGAAUUGAUUCAAAAGAUGAGAAAAUGCUGGUUGGUGCAGCAUUUCCCCAGUCAUAUGCAAUAGCCUCCCAUGUUUUCCUAUGGGAAAGCAUUGGUUUGGCUGAGACCAUAAAGUUUGCUUAUCUCAGCCAUGGAAGCAUACCAGCUGUGGCAAAACCGUUGCGGUGCGAGAGAAAAAGUGAGAAAAAACAUAGUUUCAAAGCAAUGGAAGGUUUGCCGGGGUCUUUAAUAGUUAUUUGAACACUAUAUUGUCAGGAAUGCAUGUUUGUGUUCCUGACACUAUAUUGAUCCUUGAGGUCUGCAAGGUUAUGCCUGAAAAAGGGUUGGAUUAAAUUUUGCAUCACUUCUAAAGGACAGUGUGACUGUGAUAUUAUCUUUGUAUCUCUUCUUAGAGCUCAGUGUGCACCUUGUGGCCAGCGUAGGACACUGAACCCUAAAACUUGCAAAUGCGUCUGUGAUUGGAGUGAGGAGAAGUGUCAUAAAAAGGCACAGAAAUUUAACAAAGAGAAAUGCAGGUAAGAUACACUCUGAACGAAAAUUUGGAGAACAAUCCUUUGUGAUGGAUAAUAUCACCUGGAUAACUGAGGCCACAGUUAAAGUACAUGCAGUCCAAAUACAUAAAAUGUAAACAAACACCACAAUCUAAUCAGAGAGCUGAUGGCAUGAGGUUUCACCUCUACUUAAACUUCCAAAUGUAAGCAUCGUUAGACGCACAUAAACUUCCAAGAUAAAUGAAAAUGCAGUACUGGUUAGUCACGCCCAAGGCAAAUGCCAAGUUUGUCUUGGGCUAAAUACAUCAGUGGCCUAAAGGGGUAUCAGCUAAAUCAGUUGUGUGGGGUUGUUGUAUCUUGGUUCAUGCAGAGGGAGCCAGCCUGCAUUUUGGAUCUGAACUGCCCUUUUUAUGUGAGAUCAGCCUGAUAUGCAAAUGGUUUAGGUUCCCUCUGUAAUGGUGCAAGAUGAGCUAAAACGAGCUUGAGAUCUGAGGAGGAAUGGAGGGCAAACUAGCUGUUGUUUGUUAGUAUUCUCUUGUACUCUGUUUUAGUUGGAAUGUGAAACUUGUUCCUUGCUGUCCAUUUUGAUGGUACAGAUUUUUUGUGUAUUGUGUCAUCGAAAUUUCUAUAGAUCACUCACUCUGUGUCUCAUUUCUCUGCAGGUGUGAGACAAUCACUAGUUGACAGUCACCUUGGUAAUAAAAUGACACGUUUCACUACAAUGGUAAAUACAAGACCUUGUGCCACUGAUCAAUUCAAAGAAGGACAGAGGGGAGAGUCCACCAUUGAUUCCUGUGUGGAGAUACCAAGAAGGUGACUGUGGAAUAACAGCUGAACAUUCGAUACAGUGACGUCAGUCAAGGAGAGAUUAAACAUGGCUACCUCAGCUUCAUGAUAUAUUUAAAGUCAUGACGAUGGCUUAAGUGGUUCAAGGAAACCAUGACAAACAAAAUGAGCAUAACCGAGACAAGUUACUAGCAAAUUGCAUAUUAUUUUUAUUUUUUAAAUGGCUGCUGGAAUUUAUAUCUCACGUUACAAACAAGCCCUAUCAGCUUCUACUUCCUACCCAAAUAUUACAGAGGGUUAUAUUACCAAGUGUUCUAACUGAAAGGGUUGCUUUGAAAAGGAGCAAGGGUUAAUGGGGGUUAUUGCUACUUUUGUUAACCCCUCUUGGCUACUUUUAUCAGUACAUGGAUAACCCUAGACAACAUGUUUACUCCUCUCUGGCACGGGAAAUGGGUAAUCACUGAGUUUUUGUCACCUAUAACUAAAUUUUUAUGGAUACUUUAGAUCCCAAACUUUCAAGCUUUUUGGAUUUGUUUGUGUGUCUAUUGUGCAACCUAUUAAAACAUUUCUCAGUCUGA